CAGUCUCUCAGAUGCAACCGACCAGUGCGGAUCGCCCUUAGCUCCACGAAACAAGAUCAAGCUAAGAUUAUCAUCAACAACAACAACAGCAUUCAGUUGCAUUUGAGUAAUUUAAGUUUUUCGACAACUUCGAUUUAGUUUUUAGUGGACCGUAUUUCUGUUCUCAGUCGACGCAUUACAUCAACUACUAUAACCGUGCUUGUGUGUAUUUCGUGUGUUUUAUGUGUUUCUGUGUGUGCGAUGUGAGUGUGCGAAAAUCUGUGUGAAAGGAAAGAAAACGAAGCAGCAGCAGCCAGAGUGAUCAUCAUCAUCAGCAGCAGCAGCGAAGAGCAUUAGAACGAAACCGAAAGUUCUGAUUUUGUUCAGUGUUUAAACAUUUCUGGAGGGUCCUCACACGUACAGCGUCGUAUUUUAAAAGCUACACCGAAAAGCAGAUAACGAAGCGAUGGAGCAAACGCCACCGGGUGGAGACGGACAGUACUCCUCGCUCGAUGAGCUGCAGCGGCAGCUGAACGAAGAUUUCGCCCAAACGCUCGGCCCGAUGACUUCACCUCAGCAGCACAUGGCCACGGCGUCGGCCGCCGGAGCAGCAUCGUCUGGAGCGAGUGCAACGAUCGCGACCACCAUCAGCACCGUCGUGCUUCAGGGUGGUCCACUGCAGCUGGUUGUGGCGAUUCUAAAGAGUGGAGAAAAAUUGUACAUAAAGGUGGCGGAUCUGCUGCCAAAGUUCACAUUUCUUGGACCCAGCUUGGAUGAUGCCCUGAAGCUUCAGAAUGAACACGAUGAAUUGUUGCGGCAAAUACAGAACAUGCCAACGCCAUUGGAAGAGUUCUAUCGAAAGAUACAGGAAAAGAUUGCAUCGAACGAAAGGCCCAACCCAACGCUGAUCGAGGAGAUGGCCGCCUCGCUCAAUGCCGUCUGGCACGACAUCAAGCAGAUGCUGGCCGAACGGCGCGACAUCGUCCUGCUGAACGUAGCCUUCUUCGAGCGGUUGGGCGAAGCGUACGGGAAAAUGUCCUCGCUCGAGGUCGCCUGCAACGACACGAUGAUUCCAAUCGAGAUCGACGCUGUGCGGGAGUUCCUCGAUUCGUUCCGAGAUCUGCGCGGCGACAUGCUGGCGGCUGUUGCGGCCACCCUCAAGGCCGGCCAGCAGAUGCUGGACCGGUUGCGUGUCCUUUCCGAGAUCGGGACGCUCGAUUCCCGCCCCAACCACAUCAAGCUGGAUGCGGUUCAGGCGAUCGGGCAGGUCGAGUCCUGGCUGGAGGAUCUUUCCAACCGUCGGAACCAACUCGAACAGGCGUGGAUUUCACGCAAAACCCAGCUCGAACAGUGUCUCACGCUGGCGAUACUUGCGAAGCAGCUGGACGAGAUCGAACAGUGCCUCGCGCGUGUGCGCGGCCAAACGCUCAGUUCGUUUACACUGGGCGAGUCGGCGGAACAAGCCGCCGAGCUGCUAGAAACGUACCAAAACCUCAAACCGGAAGCGGCCCUGCUGCGAGACAAAUCGCUCAAGAUAACCAAAACGACCGAGGAGUUGCUUACGAGCGGAUGCUUCGCCGGCGACGAGGCCUGCGCCAAGGCGUACGCGGUGCUGAGCGCUUGCUCGGAGCAUCUGGAAGAGAUCGAUCAGCGGGAGUCGCUGCUGGGGCAGUCGCGUGAUUUCUUCACCCGAGCGGCGGCCGUUCUGAAGCGACUAGACCAACUCGAGCAGCAGGUCGCCGGGACGCCGUUGAGACCUGCGUCACCGAACGAUCUGCCGGCGCACCAGAAGCUGCUGCAGGACAUUCGGGAAACGAUCGGGGAAGUGCUGCAGAUGGGCUACUCGCUGGUGGAUGAUGUGGGCCGCACCAAGCCGGAGGUUGCGGGUGUGCAGGCGAUGAUUGAGCGGAUCGAGCAGAGGAAGUUACACUUUGAGCGUUACUGCAAUGAGGAGAGUGAGCGCAAUGUCCGCACGGCGCAGGCACUGAACGAGUUCCUGGAGCGGUAUGGUCAACUGUUUGCGUGGUUGGAAGAGGCACGCGAGCAAAGGUUGGUGCGUGGCGAUGCGAUACACCGGAUGGGCGAGAACCUGCCCGAGGCCAAAGACUGUCUGCUGCUUCAUCAUCAGCUGCUGAAUGAUCUUGAGAUCAAAGGCAACGCUAUUAAUAACCUGCUCGUCCGGCUGACGCCCAGCCUGGAGCAUCUUGCCGACGAGCAGCGCGAUGACGUGCAGCGGCAGAUCGACCUCAUCCGUCAGCACUGGAUCGCGCUGAAGAACUGCGUCAUCGAGCGGGUCGACCUGCUGAAGCUGUACAUCCGCUUCCACCAGGAGGCGGAAACGUUGUGCAACCAGUUCGAUGCGCACGCGAUCCAGUUCGCCACGUUCAAGGACAACCCGGCGGACCACGGGCUCAUCCUGGCCGCGAUCGCCAACAUCCGCCAGACGCUGGAGAGCCUGCGCCCGCUCGGUGGCCAGUGUCUCGAUCAGCUGCACCAGAUCGGGGACGCAUACUUGCAGAAAACUCGCGCAGCGCAGUGCGUCGAGCGGACACUCGCCGAAUUCGCCGACCGCCAGUCGGCCGUCAGUAAUGAGUGGGAAAGCUGGAACAGUCGACGACGCACGGAGACAACACUGAAGCAAAUCAUGGCUGCCAACAUGGAGACAUUGGCCGUAGCAUCCAAGCUGGAGGAGCAGCUGUAUCCGCUCUUCAGCACCGCCCUGGACAAUCCAGCCGAUCUGAUCGAGUUUAUCGGCCGCAAACGUACCCAGCUGCAGCAGGAUGUGCAGGUCGCUGAAGCCGAUCUGACCCAGCGCUUCGACACGAUCGCACAGCUGGAGGCGGCCGGUGCCGACCCCGGCACGGAACAGGACAUGGUGGCGGUGAAGAACAACCUGAACUCAAUCAAGACCAAGCUCCACACGCUCGGGGCCGACUUUGGCGAGCUGUCGGACGCGACCGAACACUUCCUGCGCUCGAUCCUGCAGUGCCGGGACAGCAUCCGGGAGUACUUCGGCACCAAGCAAACCGUAACCGGUCCGGGCAGUGUGGAAGCGAUCGCGGAGGGCUACGAGCAGUUCAAGCAGGCCACGAUGGAGUACUUCCGCGGGUUGCUGCAGCAGAGCGAGCAGAUCAUCGAGCGGGUGAAGGCGCUGGAACCGCCCGGAGCCCGCGAGCUCGACACGGACAAGAUCAUCACGCUGCUGGAGAACCUGCGGACGUACUUCGAGUCGCAGACCGAGUCGGAGAACUGCGAGCUGAAGAAGCAGCACAGUGUGCUGGCGUUCGACCGUGAGCUCGGGGAGGUGCGGGCUGCGAUUCGGGCGGAGGCUGAGCGGUUGGAGCGGACCCGUGGACAGUACGGGGAGAGUGUGGCCGAGGCUCAGUCCGUGCGGGUUGCUUUCGAGGAGCGGGCAACAAUACUGCAGGAACUUGAGCGUCGUAUCGAUGCAUUUAUUAGCUCUGGAGCGGAGCUCGUACGCCAGUACCCCGAGACAAGCCCUUACAUCGAGUCGGAAACGCACAAGAUACGCAACGAGUGGACGGACUUGAUGCGCAAGCUCGAGGAGCACCGCCAGCUUCACACCAUUGCGAUCGAGUACUUCGAGCUGAUCACCAUUAUUGAGGAACAUUAUCGCACACUGAACGCGGAACUGAUCAACGCCAACAACAAGCUCACCAUACUGAACAACGCCGACGUGGCGAACGAUCUGGUCGCGCAGGUCGACAACACGAUCCGCACGCACGAGACGAGCCAGCUGGACGCGUUGAAGAAGAUCGCCAACCUAUCGACCCAGCUGUACGGCUGCGACAAGACUGUCACCCUGUACACGGAAAACACGAAGCUCUUCCAAACGUUCUACAAAAUCAAGACGGAGGUGUACGAGCGCUCCAAGGAGCUCGGCGAGGAGCAGGCCCGUCGGGAAGAGCAGCAGCGACAGGAGCAGCUGCAGCGCGAACAGGAACAACAGCGACAGGAGCAGCUGAAGCGCGAACAAGAAGAACAGCAGCGACAGGAGCAGCUGAAGCGCGAACAGGAGGAACAGCAACGCUUGGCACAGCUACAGCGGGAACAGGAACAGGAGCAGCAACGUUUGGAGCAAAUGCAACGGGAACAGGAACAGGAGCAGGAGCGAUUGGCACAGCUCCAACGGGAGCAGGAACAAGAACAGCAACGUUUGGAGCAACUCAAAAGAGAGCAGGAGGAAGAGCAGCUGCGACUGGAGCAGUUGAAACGCGAACAGGAACAGGAACAGCAGCGCCUGGAGCAGUUGAAGCAGGAACAGGAGCAAGAACAACUGCGCCUGGAGCAGUUGAAGCGAGAACAAGAGCGAGAACAAGAGCAGCUCCAGCGCGAGAAGGAGCUGGCAAUGCAACAGCAACAAGAAGCAACCAUUGUAGAGGAUGUCCAAAUCACCACCACAACGUCUCACGCUGGUUUGCCCCACCAGCAGCAAUCGUUUGACGUGCAGACGAUCGACGAGGAACAGUACCUGCAGGAGCCGCAAGUGCCUUUGGUCAUCCAAACGGUCGAGGAGCAGGUGCACGAGCAGAUCCACGAAGUCGUUACCACCACGUCGACACUGUCCACCGCCCAACCGGAAGCGAGUCUGCGUUUCAUGCAACCGCUGUCCGACGUGUGCGUCCAGGAGGGUCAGCGGGUCCGGCUGCAGUGUGUAGUGGCCGGCGUUCCCGACCCAAUGAUCGAGUGGUACAAGAACGGCAUCAGUGUGCAGGGCAAUCCGGACUAUCGCACCAGCUUCGAUCCGGCCAGUGGCGUUUGUACGCUCAUGAUCGACGAAACGGUCACCGCUGACAGUGCGGACAUUCUGUGCCGUGCCGCGAACGAGGCCGGCAUUGCCGACACUACGGCUCGGCUGCUGGUGACGGAAGCGCCUCCACCACCGCCCAAACCGGCCGGAACGGCUCCGACGUUCACGAUGCGCCUGCUCGAGGGUGGCGUUGCCCAGGAGGGCCAACCGUUCCAGUACGAUUGUGUGGUAACAGGCCAGCCGACACCGACCGUGCACUGGUACAAGGGCGAGCAGUGCGUGGACGGUUCGCCCGACUAUCGGCAGUCGUACGAGCCGGCUUCGGGCGUUGCGUCCCUGCGCAUCGAGCAGGUCUAUCUCGAGGACCAGACGCACUACACCUGCCGGGCGGUGAACGAUUGCGGCUCGGACGAAACGAGUGCGUUCCUCACGGUCAAGCCGCUGGAGCCGACCGAGUUUCCCAACUUCCCGGAACCGCUGUCCAACGUGAUGGCCCGGGUCGGCCAGAAGAUACGGCUGGAGGCGAAGGUGAGCGGUACGCCGCAGCCGGAGCUUAUGUGGACGCACGACGGCAAGCACUUCACCAACCGCGAGGUUAAAUUCUACUACGAAAACGGCCGAGCGCAAUUGGUCAUAGACGAGGCAUUCCUGAAGGAUGCUGGUGUCUACACGCUGACCGCCAAGAAUAUCGCCGGUGAACAGUGCUGCUCGUGUAAUGUGGUGGUGAAGGGUCGGCUGCCGAACGAAACCAGCGACUCGGAACUAGCAAGCGAUAUGGAGCCAGUGAAGCCCGCGGUCCAGCUGCCGCUGCGCGAUGUGUCGGUGUUCGAGGGCAAACCGGUCCGGCUGGACUGUGUGAUUGUGGGCCAGCCGGAGCCGGAAGUGAUCUGGUAUCAUGGCGAGCGGCCCGUGAAGGAAUCGAACGACUUUCAGCUGCUCUUCCAGGGCGACCGUUGCUCGCUCGUGAUCCGCGAGGCGUUCCUCGAGGAUGCGGGCGAGUACCGGGUAGUGGCUAUUAAUAGCGCGGGCGAGGCGUCGAGCCAGUGUGCGGUGCUGGUGACACCGCUCAAUACGGCCGAGCCGGCGGUCCGGCAGCCGGUCGAGCGGGUGCUGCCGGCGGUCGGUGCUCCGCCGCGCUUCGAGCGUCUGCUCAGCGACAUUCUCGCGGACGAGGGCGAGCGGGUGCAGUUUGAGUGUGCGGUCAGCGGUGAUCCGCGCCCGUCGAUCCGCUGGUACGUGAACAACCGCGAGAUCCCGACCGAUGUGGCCGUGUCGCCGCGCGUGCACUGUGUCGUGCGGGACGAUGGCGUGGUGAAGCUGAUCAUUGAGCGCGCCCUGCCCGACGACAAGGGCGUGUACACGGUGAAGGCCGCCAACGCGUCCGGCGAGGCAAAGUGCUUCUCCAACCUGAUCGUGAAGACGAUCAAUGCGCCCGAGUUCGAGACGGUGCCGGCCUUCCUCACCGAGAGCCUGGUGUGCCCGACGUUCCGCGAGCUGUUUGCCGAUCGCGUGGUGCGCCAGCACGAGCCGUCAAAGUUCGAGUGCAUUGUGAUUGGCAAGCCGCAGCCGAAGAUACGCUGGUUCUUCAACGAUCAGCCCGUGCAGGGGCAUGACUUCUUGGUGUCUACCAGCGGCGAUCGACAGGUGCUGACCAUCCCCGAGGUACGCCCGGAGCUGACGGGCAAGAUCACGUGUUACGCCGAGAACGAGGCCGGCAAUGCGCAGUGCGUCGCGAUCGUGCAGCUGCUCGAGCAGCUCGGCUCGGUCGGACCGGCCCCGAUGGCCACCCUGCCGGCGGCUACAACCGAAUCCUCGCAGCAGAUCGAUACGACUGGUUCGUCCUGCGUGACGCUGCAGAAGCACGUCACGACCAGCUCAACGACGAGCUCCUCCUUCUCCUCCUCAUCGAUGGUCCAGCAGAACGGAGUCGCCCAGUCGCACGCGGAAGUGCACGCCGAGUCGGCGAAGCUGGACCGUUCCUUCCACCAGGUGGGCGAUCAGCCGGCGCAGGUUGCCGAAGCGGCCGAACAUCAGCGCUACGACAAGGUGAAUGAUCUGCCCGCGACUGUCCAGCACGAGGCGUCUUCGUACGUCGGGGUGGCGCCGAGCCACGAGACGAUCAUUGCCAACUCGGGCCAGAUCAGCACGGGCAAGCCGGCGCGGCGCAACAUGGCGCCACGCUUUGUGACGCCGUUCAAUGGGAAGAUCGUCGACCAGGGCGCUGACGUUAUCAUCGAGGGAAUUGUGGACGGUUAUCCAACGCCGGACGUGCGCGUGACGAAGAAUGACGUGGAGCUGCAGCCGGAUGGGGAGCGCGUCAAGGUGUCCUACUCGCUGAACAAGAUCGUGGUCGAGCUGAGGAAUGUGUCGCCGGCUGAUGCGGGCCGAUACACGGCGACGGCUUCGAAUGCGGCCGGUGCUUCGACCAGCACUGCCGAUUUGGUGGUUAAAAAGUCCAUCUUUCCGCCAGUGUUUGGCAGACGGCUGCAGGCCCAAACCGUGCGCAACGGCGACCGGGUCGUGCUGGACGUGGAAGUGUCCGGCACGCCCGAACCGUCCGUCGCCUGGUUCAAGGACGGGCGGCCGGUGCAGGAAGCGUUCGCUCCCGGCAGCUACGCCCUGCAGCAGGUCGGGCCCUGCUUCAAGCUGAUCUUCGAGCAGGUGUCGCUAAACGGCACGGGCACGUACAUGGUGCUAGCAACGAACGCGGGCGGCGAGGCGCAAAGCACGGCCGACAUUGCCGUGCUGCAGUGUGAAAGUGCGGCCCAGCCGGCGCCCCAGCCCGCGCCCCAGAAGCAUGUCUCGUUCGUGGACAUGGUACAGCAGCAGCAGCCCCGCUCGGAGGAGGCACUCGAGGGCGAGGGCGGUGGGUUCAGUGCCCGGCAGGAGUACGCGAGCGAGGCGAAGCUGCACGGGCCGACGACGGAGUCGACGAUUGUCACCGAGACGCGCCGCACGACCGAGGCGACGAUGCGCAUGGAGCACAAGAUCAGCUUCCCCGAGCUGCCCCCGUUGCGCAUGUCGCAGCGCACGCAAACGCCCACCGUGCCGACGGUGACCGAGGGCACGAGUCCGAUGAGCGCGGCUGACCCGCCAUCGGCCGGGCAGCAACAGCAGCAGCAGCAGUGCGCGGGCACCAAUACCGACCCGAUCGCGACCCGCUCGGACGCAACGCAGACAGCGCCGACGACGAUGACGGUCGACGUGCCGACGGCACCGAGCGUUCGGCUCCCAGCUCAGUCCGAAUCGAAACGGGAGAGUAGCAGCAUCAGCAGCAGCAGCAACAGCGUCACCAGCACCGUUGUGCGUGAACGACCGAAUUCGUCAUUCGAGCCACUGUUGCAGCAGCCGGCCGACGUCGGUGAACUGACCUCGGCACCACUGUUGGUAGGUUCGGAGCCGCGGCCGCUCUCCCUUUUGAAGCCCCAGCCGGAAACGAUCCCGACGCCCCCGAUCGGAACGCUGUUCCAAUCGGUGGCGACCGAAGCGCCCAAGUUCCCGCCGGCCCCGCCGGGAAGCAGCAGCGUGCGGAAGCCGAGACCGGCCAGCAUGUCGGAGGUGACGCGGGCCCGCAGCACCUCGCCCCGUCCGUCGGCCGACGCCAUCGCCAUGGAGCGGCUGUGGUCGACCCCGAAGGCGUUCGGGUCGUUCGGUGCGAGGGCGGCCGACGAGCCGCCGGUGUGCCAGGUGUACCGAUCGUACCGACCGCCGCCGACCGUCUCCUCAUCUUCAUCCACUUUCACCAAGCAUAUUACUACUACUACCACUCAGCAACAGCAACAACCACCACCACCACCACCACCACAACAACACAACUAUUCGACACUUCCGUUCGCACGCAAGCAAACGAAACCGCACCAAGAGCACAACGCCGCUAAAGCUCAUUCCGAUUCGAUUCGAUCCGAUUUUCAGCCGAUCUACCAGCAGCCCCCCCAGCCGCAGCCGCAGCCAGUGGUCAACGCACCCGCCCCGACCCAGAUGUACUCGUCCUUCUCCUCGACGCAGCAGUUCCAAGCGUCCUCGACGCUGUCGCAGCAGCAGUACUCACAGUCCUCGAUGCAGUACCAACCGUUCAAGCCGUCCCUGGCGGUGGAGGCCCCGGUGCGGGCGCCUUCUCCCGCUCCCAUGCCGACCUUUGUGCCGGCGGCGGCCGCUGCUCCACCGCCCCAGAGCUUCCCGCCGAAGAUCACUCCCUUCAAGCCGGCGCCGGCUCCUGCUGCACCGGUCGUUGCUGCUGCCCCGGCGCCAAUGUUCGUGCCAGCUGCUACCCAGCAGCCGCUGAACGUUGGCACGUCGGCUCCAGCACCGACCUGCACCUUGACGCCGAUCGCUGGCGCUACUCCGGCCUUUGUGGCUGGGCCGUCGUACAACCAGACGCCACAGCCGUUCAAGCCGCUGCCACCGCCCGCGAUUACACCCAGCUCGUUUGGUAGCACUGCCCAGCCUUCUGUUGCUGCUGCUGCAGCAGCACCGCUGCCAACCGUCAGCAAGCCAGCGUAUGCUGCACCGCAGCCACAGCCCCAACCGCAAGCCUUUGCCGAGCCUACUGGGCCGGUCUCGCUGCCACCGUAUCAGGAGCCGCUGUCCUUCUCGUCGAAACCGGCGGUGGAGCCACUGUAUCCUGGUCAGCUGGGAGGUUAUCAACAACCACCUCAGCCUCAGCCACCACAGCAGGUACAGUACCAACAGCAGCAGGUUCAGCAGCAACAGCAGCAGCAGCAGCAGAUGUAUCAGCAGCAGCAGGUGUACCAGCAGCAACAGGUGUACCAGCAGCAGCAACAGGUGUACCAACAACACCAGCAGCAACAAGUGUACCAGCAGCAGCAACAAUCACAGCAGCAGUACUACAUGGAGCAGCAGGACGAGGAGGUGUACAAGAAAAAGUCCGUCAAGGAAACGAAGAAGCUGUUCGAAGAGUCGCUGCUGCAGCAGCAGGCCGCGUACGGCGAGCUGAAGGCACCGCGCAUGGUCCAGGGCGUCCGUCUGCCGGUUGCGGCGGCGGCCCCACUGCCCGCCGACUUUGGGUACGGUGCGAUCGCGGAGCUGGGUCUCGAGCCAGGGCCCCAGCCGACGAUGGGCUACGCUCCGAAGGCCUCGAGUGAGCGCAAGAGCUCCUACUACCGGGAGCAGAUCGAGCAGUCCCUGCUGGAGAGCAUGGACAAGGAGCCGGAACGUGUCCCGGCCGGCGGUGUCAAGAUUAUCCCGCCCAGCCCGCGCAAGAAGUCUAAACCGGCAGCGCCGGCGGGACAAUCUGACACUGCAGGGGGAGUGCCUGCCCCACUCGAGCAGCCCGCAGAGCCGCAGCAGGGCCAGCAGGGUGCCAUGACCAAGAGCCCGUUCACCGCCACCGAGAGCGAGUACGAGAGCGACAUGGACGGAGUGACUGGUGCCCGCCGCCAGAACGGCUACCUGGCCGACACGGAGGAGGUCGUGCAGAAGACGGCAGCUGUCUCCUUCGAACAGCAGCAGCAGCAGACGGUGCAGACGGUUGAGAGCUUCAGCAGCUCCAGCAAGGUUGAGUCACACUCGUCGGUCGUCAGUGAGGUUGUGCAGCAGCAGCAGCAGCAGCAGGUCGUCGAACAGGUUGAGCAGAAGGUGGAACAGGUUCAAGAGCAGCAACAGCAGCAGGUGACGUCAGAAGAACAGGUACAGCAGCCACAGGAGCCGCAGCAACCAGCGCAGCAGUCCGAGGAAGUGAUCAUCUCGUCGUCGGAAACCGUCCAGAAGGAAACGGUUGAGGAGAGCAAGAGCAACUUCCUGGUCAACAACGAUCUGCCGGAGGACUUGCAGCCGGUGAAGGUGCUGCCAACGGAGGAGCCACUGCCAACGCUCAAGCAUGUGCCUGUUCCGGCCGCCGUACAGCCCGUCCCAGAGCCGGCCCCAGCGUCCGAGCCGACCCCGGUGGAACCAGUACCGCAGCAGCUGCAGCAACCAUUGCCGCAACAACCACAACCCGAACCGAUCGCUGCGACUCCGGUGCAGCAGAACGGCUAUCCGACGCCCAGCCCGGCCCAGCCGUUCCUGUCGGACUACGAGAGUGAUGCCGCGGCUCCGUCGCUGGCGGGCUACAAGCCGGUCCAUCCGGUGUUCGCGCCGCCGAAGCAGGAGUUCGCCACGGGUUCGGCUGCACCGCCACCGUCAGUAUUCGACCCUAUCGACAAGAUUCAAGCGAGCCAAAUCAGCGCCCCAGCGGACGCACCAAAGAUCGAGAAGCCAAAACCAAUCAGCUACGUGCAGCAGCAGCAACAGCAGCAGCAGCAAUAUCAGUCGUACCAGCAACAGCAGACCUCAUCCUUCCAGCAGCAGCAGACCUAUCAGCAGCAAUCGUACCAGUCGGUGCAGCCGCCAGUGCAGCAGUCGUUCCCGCCGGCGGUGCAGUCGAUGCCGGCCCAGUACUACACCUCGGUCACCGGCCAGCCCGUCACCAACACGAUCGAGACCACCAACUCGCUGCAGAUGAAGGAGAUGACCGAGAGCAGCAACCGGGUGCUGAACAUGCAGCAAACGAAGCAAACUGCCUACUUGCAGCGACCGGGACGCUUCACGCCGGGCGAAUAUCGCGACAGCGAUGGGUACGACAGCGAUGGCAACCGCAUCCGUCCCCUCUGGACGCCGAACCCGUCCGACAGCGAUGAGCCGCACUAUCGCAGCGUGCGGCCGAACUUCCAGCAGCCGCGCUCGACGAGCCUGCCGCGCCAGUACGAGCGCAUCCAGACGCCGAUGGAGUUCGACACGCUGCCGGUGCAGAUGCCGACCAAGAUCGAGCUGUCGGCGGGCGGGGUGGAGUCGAGCCACCAGCGCAGCAGUUCGCUGUCGCGCCAGAGCACCGAGAUCCAGACGACCACUACGAUGACGACGGAAACGCUCAAGACGCAAACGCUGGACCGGUACGCGUCGAAGCGGAUGGCGACGGCUCCGGUGUCGAACUCGCGCGACGACAUGGCGGUCAAGGCGCACCGGGUCGCGCCCAUCAACUACAUCCAGAAGCAGGCGGACGGUAUGGCCCAGUCGUUCAAGACGAAGGCGUACCAUUUCAACAACGAGGUCAUGACGGACAUCAAGAAGACGCCGAUCAAACCGAUCCUGAAGAACGCGUACGGUGCCCCGAUGCCACAGCAGCAACAGAUGGCACCGCCACAGCAGCUGCAGCAGCAGCAAGGGUCGGCUGUCCCACCGCAGGUCUACCGGGAAGAGUCACGAGUAUCGCAAUAUGAAGCAUCAUUCCACUGCUACAAGGAGCUAAAACCGAACAGACAGCCAGCAGCAACGUCAACCCACGACGGCACGAAUGGAACGAACGUCGUCCGCACGGUGCUGGAGGAAACGGACACGAUCGAGAAGACGUACCGAUCCAUUUGCCUCAUACAAACAUGCGAAGUGCAACAGCAGCAUGGUGGCUUCAUUCAGCAGAGCGCUACACCGCUGGCAUCGAUCACGCCCGGUCUGCAGACACCAACUGGAGGUGCUCCGUUCCAGCAACAGCAGCAGCAGCCGCAGCAGCAAGUGCCGCUGCAGCCGCAGCCAACGUACGGCAUGGCGGCCCCAACGCCCGUCCCAGCCGGCGCCUCUACCGGCGACUACUCGCCGCCGGUCUUCGAACAGAUCUUCAAGAACUCGCGCUUCGCCCAGGGCGGCAACGCGCUGUUCGAGGGCAAGCUGAAGGGUAAUCCCCGGCCGGAGGUUUCGUGGACUCGAAAAGGCGCACCCCUUCUCGACUCCGCGAAGCACCGGCUGAGCUACAACCCGGGCACCGGGGCCGUCUCGCUGAUGAUCAACCAGAUCGGACCGGGCGACGAGGGCGAGUACACGUGCAAGGCGCGCAAUGCGGUCGGCGAGGCGAUCUGCUCCGUGUUCAUUCAGCCGGAGGGCAUGGCGACGCCGCAGUUCCAACAGGUACGCCGCGAACAGCAGCAGACCGUCGUUAAACAGCAGCAGCAGUACACCAACGGGUACUCGCACGUGGAGGAAGAGUUCAAGGUGGACACGUUCGAGUAUCGUCUGCUGCGCGAAACGUCCUACAGGGAGUCGAUCACGCGGCGGUACGCCGGCGAAACGGACGCGCAGCUCAUCACGACGGUCGAUCGUGCGCUGGGACCGGCCACGGCCCCUCAGAUCGGUCAGAAGCCGCGCAACUCGAAGCUUUCGGAGGGUUCCGAUGCGGUGUUCAGCACGCGUGUGCUGGCUAAUCCGCGUCCGCGUCUGUCCUGGUUUAAGGAUGGACAGCGCAUCAUCCCGUCUGCGGACAAGUACGAGGUUAGCUACUCGAACCAGCAGGCCAUGCUGCGCAUCAAGAAUGUGAACGCGCGCGAUUCGGGCCAUUACACGCUGCUGGCCGAAAAUCCGCAGGGAUGUCAGGUGUCGUCGGCCGUGCUGGCGGUCGAGCCGGCCCAGGAGCAGGUGGCUGUGGAGCGUGCUACUUCCUUCUCGGAACAGCAGCAGCAUCAACAGUUCCAGCAGCACCAGGUCAUUGAGACUUCGACCGAGGCUACGAAAGCGCUGUCGCCGUCGUUCAUGACGUUGAUCCAGGACGCGGAGACGACCGAGGGCAAGAUGGUACGCUUCGAUUGCCGCGUGACCGGCCGUCCGUAUCCGGAGGUGGCUUGGUACAUUAACGGCAACCUCGUGACGGACGAUGCGACGCACAAGAUCCUCGUGAACGAGGCUGGCAAUCAUUCGCUGAUGAUUACGAGCACGAACCGCUUCGACCAUGGCAUCGUGACGUGCGUGGCGCGCAACAAGAGCGGUGAGGUGGCGGCCCAGGCCAAGCUGGUCGUGUGCGAGCGCGAGCAGGUCGUGGCGCCGAAGUUCGUCGAGCGCUUCACCACGGUCAACGUGAAGGAGGGCGAACCGGUGCGACUGUUUGCGCGUGCCAUUGGUACGCCGCUGCCGCGCAUCACCUGGCAGAAGGAUGGCAUUCCGCUCGUCCCGGGACCGGAGGUGCAGAUCUGCAACGACGAGAACGGCUGCACGACCGUGGAUAUCCCGCGGGCGAAGGCGUCCGAUGCGGCGUGGUACCAGUGCACGGCACAGAACGUGGCCGGUACGACGGCAACCCGCGCUCGGCUGUUUGUCGAAGCUCCGAAGGGACCGGAGCCGGAGCAGAAGCGUCUCAAUCUGCCACGCCCAACGAAGGUCAUUCAGCCGGAGGCUGUUCCGGAACCGGAAAUUAUCUACUUGCGUCAUGUGGAGCGAGCUGCUCCGCAUGCGCCACCGAAGGAGGAGGAACGCACAUAUCCGCCACCGAAGUUCAUCGUGCCGCUGAGCGACGUUGCACAGGUUGAGGGUGGCAAGGUGCACUUCGAGGCGCGCAUUGAGCCCGUCUCCGAUCCUUCGAUGCGUGUACAGUGGUUCCUGAAUGGCAAUCUGAUCCAAGCAAGUUCGCGUGCAAACACGACCUUCCAGUUUGGUUUCGUAGCGCUGGAUCUGCUGACGAUCGUGAUGGAGGACAGCGGCGAGUAUCUGUGCCGUCUGUCCAGCUCGACCGGUGUGGCGGAGUCGCGCGCCAUGCUGAGCGUGCAGCCGCGCCCACCGAUCGAGCAGCAAACGCAGCACCCAUCGUCGCUGGAUCAGAUCCAACAUCUCGAGGACUACUCUAAGUACGUGCGUACCGAGAGCAUCGAGGAGGUCGUCAACCAGAGACCAGGCUUCACGCGUCCGCUGCAGGACUUGGGCGAGCUGGAGGAGGGUCGCAAUGCGCACUUUGAGGCGCAGAUCACGCCGGUCAGCGAUCCGACGAUGCGCGUCGAGUGGUACAAGGAUGGACGCCCGAUCACGGCCAGUUCGCGCAUCACGGCCAUCUUCAACUUUGGCUACGUUUCGCUCAACAUCAUGCAUCUGCGGGCGGAAGACGCCGGCACGUACACGGUGCGGGCGGUCAACCGCAUUGGCGAAGCGAUCAGCACGUCGAAGAUUUCCGUCGUCAGCAAGGCGCCGGUUACCGGGGACUUGGGUAUCCAGGAGCAGCGCAACUACAUCCAGAAGAUUGAGGAGCUGGAACAGUACCAGAAGUACCAGAACAUGAAGUUCUACGAGGAGACGCCGGAGAGCACGCAGCGCCCGGAGUUCAAGAGCCCCAUCUCGGAUCAGUUGAAUGUGCGGGAGGGUGGCUUUGCGCACUUUGAGGCGCGUCUGGAGCCGGUCGGUGAUGCAACGCUGCGCGUCGAGUGGCUCAAGGACGGUCAUCCGGUGGAGGCGAGCUCGCGCAUCACGUCGUUCUGUAACUUUGGAUACGUGGCGCUGACGAUCAAGCAGGUUACGGUGCACGAUGUCGGCACUUACACGUGCCGUGCGUACAACUCGCUGGGUGAGGCGCACGUUUCGGCUAAGUUGACGGUGCUGACGCGCCAGGACAUCAUUGUCGACUCGCAGACGAGCCACAUGGGCAUGGAGAAGAUCCAGUAUCUGGAGGAUUCGUCCAAGUACAUGCGUACCACUCAGGAACAGGUUGAGCAGGUGGUACAGCCGCAGCCACGCUUCUUGGGGCCGCUUAAGGGUACGAACCGCAUUGUCGAGGGACAGCGUGCUCACUUUGAGGCACGUCUGGAACCGCAAUCGGACCUCACGAUGCGUGUUGAGUGGUACCACAAUGGUCGUCCGCUGAUGAGCGCUAAUCGCAUCCAGACGUACCACGACUUUGGCUACGUUGCGCUGGACAUUUUGGACGUUCGUGCGGAAGACUCGGGCACCUACACGCUGGUAGCAGCGAACGCGGCCGGUCAAGCGCAGGUUGAAGCCACCAUGGUGGUGGAAACUCGUGCCGCUAUCGAUACGACCAGCAUGCACCACGUUGUGGAACGUUCGCAGCAGAAGGUAGAAAAACAGUUCGUGGAGCCGCAGUACCAGGUGGAGGAGCUGUGCAAGUCGAAGCCGAUCUUCACGCAGCCACUGUCCGAUCCCCAGCCGGUCGGCGAGGGACGCAACAUCCAUCUGGAGUGCAAGCUGGAACCGCUCGGUGAUCCGACGAUGCGCGUCGAAUGGUACCAGAACGGGCGCCCGAUCACGGUCGGCUCGCGCUUCAAGACGUACUACGACUUUGGCUUCGUAGCGCUGGACAUUCUGCACUCGACGGCGGCCGAUUCUGGCGAGUACACGGUGCGCGCCACGAACCAGCUCGGUUCGGCCCACACGUCGGCCUGUGUGCGCGUCAUCACGCGCUCGGACAUCAUUACCGAGGCGCAGAGUGAAAUGUCCGUCGAGCAGAUGCAGUAUCUGGAGGAUGCGUCGCGCAUGAGACGCGAUGUGCUCGAGGACAUUACCGUGAUGUCGCCGCCCCAGUUUGCCCGCUCACUGCACAACGUGGAAACGUUCGAGGGCACCAACAUUCAUCUGGAGUGCCGUCUGCAGCCCGUCGGUGAUCCGUCGAUGCGCGUGGAAUGGUUCGUGAACGGAAUGCCUGUCAAGAUUGGGCAUCGCUUCCGGCCGGCGUACGAGUUCGACUACGUUGCGCUCGAUCUGCUCGGUGUGUAUGCGGCCGACUCGGGCGUGUACACGUGCCAGGCGCGUAACUCGCUCGGCGAAGCAGUUACCUCCUGCUCGGUGCGCAUCAUGGCGAAGAAGGACCUGAUCCUGGAGUCGCAGUACCCGGCCGGUCUGGAGAAGCUGCAGUAUCUGGAAGACAUUGCCCGAUACCGCAAGACCGAGUACGUGGACGAAAUCGUGAACGUGAAGCCGCGCUUCCUGACCAAGCCGAAGAACAUCGACCGGGCGCAGGAGGGUGGUCAUGCGCACUUUGAGUGCAAGCUGGAACCGGUCACGGAUCCGAACCUGAAGGUGGAAUGGUACAAGAACGGUAUGCCGAUCACCGUCGGUCAUCGAUUCCGUCCGAUCCACGACUUUGGAUAUGUGGCGCUCGACAUCAUUGAUCUGAUCGCGGAGGAUACCGGCACUUACAUGUGUCGGGCCGUGAACUUGGUCGGUGUGGACGAGAUUGCCGUGCAGUUGUCGUGCCGCGGAUCGCAGCAGAUCCUCACCAACACCCAGAACGAGAUGGGACUGGAGCAGAUCCAGUAUCUGGAGGAGAAGACGCGCCAGCAGCGCUCGGACUAUCUGGACGAGAUGACGACGCAGGCACCAACCUUUACGACCUCGCUGAAGCACAUCGAGAUCAAGGAGGGUCAGCGCGCUCACUUUGAGUGUCGUUUGAUCCCUGUUUCCGACCCGACGCUGCGUGUCGAGUGGUACCACAACGAAGCGCCCGUCAAGACGGGUUCGCGCUUUACCGAAACGAACAACUUUGGCUUUGUCGCGCUGGACAUUAUGGGCUGCCUGGCCGAUGAUUCCGGCACCUACACUUGUCGUGCGGUGAACGCGCUGGGUGAAGCCGUCACGUCGGCUACCUGCGUGGUGCACACGCGCAAGAGCAUCUACUCGGAGUCGCAGCAUGAGCAUGCGCUGACGAGUUUGCGCUAUCUGGAGGACAAUUCGCGCUACCAGCGUGACACGGAGGUGGAUGAGGUGAUUACGCAGGCACCAGUCUUUACGCUGCCGGUCAAGGACGUGAAGGUGGCCGAGAACCAGGCCGUACACUUUGAGGCACGUCUUGUGCCGGUCGGUGAUCCGAAGAUGCGCGUCGAGUGGCUGCGCAAUGGAGUCCCAAUUGAGGCGUCCAACCGCACCACGACCAUGCACGACUUUGGUUACGUUGCGCUGAACAUGAAGUACGUCAACCCGGAGGACUCGGGCACGUACACGUGCCGUGCGACGAACGAGCUUGGCCAGGCGGUCACCUCGGCGAAGCUGGUCGUCCAGUCGAAGGCUUCGCUGGAUCUGGAAACGCAGAACGAGAGCGCACUGGAGAAGAUCCACCAGCUCGAGGACGCGAUCCGAUUCCAGCGCCGCGAGGAGGAAGAUGUCGCCGUUACGGUGCCGCCAAAGUUCACGACGAAGCUGCACGGUCCGACCAAUCUGGUGGAGGGCCAGAGCGCUCACUACGAGUGCCGCAUCGAGCCGUAUCCGGACUCGACCCUGAAGGUGGAAUGGUUCCACAACGGACAACCGCUCACGACCGGCCAUCGGUUCCGCACGACGUACGACUUUGGCUUUGCCGCGUUGGAUGUGCUGACGGUGUACGCCGAAGACUCGGGUGAGUACACGUGCCGCGCCACGAACCAUCUGGGCUCGGAAACGUCCUCGAUCGCGCUGAACGUUACCCCGAAGGCGGGCAUUGUGCGCGAGACGCAGCACGAGGGAGCCCUGGAGAAGAUCCAGUACCUGGAGUGCGACGCACGGUUCGGUCGCAAGGGCGAGGACGAGAUGUACGUAGCGGAGAAGCCAGCUUUUGGCCGACCGCUCAAGAAUGCCAGCGUCGGCGAGGGCCUGCCGGUGCAUCUAGAGGCGACACUGACGCCGGUGAACGAUCCGACGAUGAAGGUGGAAUGGUACUGCAACGGGCGCCCGAUUCAGCAGGGCCACCGGUUCAAGACGACGUACGACUUUGGUUUCGUAGCUCUCGACAUCCUUUAUGCGCACGCUGAGGACACGGGUACUUACAUGUGUAAGGCUAAGAAUGCAAUUGGAGAGGCUGUUACGACAUGCGCUGUAAAAGUCACAGCAAAUGCCGGACUAUAUUUGGAGACGCUUGAUGAACAGCGGCUGCAAAAGAUUAAGGAACUGGAGAGCUACCAGAAACCACAAACGCAGGAAGUUGAACCGGCCAAGCAGAAGCCAGUCUUCCUCACUCCGCUGACGAGCCUGGAGAAUCUGAAGGAAGGCGACUACGCCCACCUGGAGUGUCGCGUCGAACCGAUCAACGAUCCGAACCUCAAGAUUGAGUGGUUCAUCAACGGCAAGGCGAUCCGUGCAGGACAUCGCUUCCGCACGACGCACGAUUUCGGCUACGUCGCGCUCGACAUCCUGUACGUGUAUGGCGAGGACAGCGGCACGUACAUGUGCAAGGCCACCAACCAGGUCGGUGAGGCGGUCAGCACGUGCAACAUUCGCGUCACCAACAAGCGCAACAUCAUCUUCGACUCGCAGCAUCCGGACGGGCUGGAAAAGAUCCAGAAGCUGGAGGCGCACUCGCGCCCCAACCGUCUCGAGCUGGACGAGCCGGAAGUGACGGCACCGCGCUUCGUAACGGAGCUGCGCGGCACGACCGAAAUUCACGAGGGCCAGACGGCUCACUUCGAGGCGCAGGUUGAGCCGAUCCACGAUCCGAACCUGCGCAUCGAGUUCUACCACAAUGGAAAGCCACUGCAGUCGGCUUCCCGGUUCCACAUCACGUUCGACUUUGGAUACGUCGCGCUCGACAUCCAGCACGUUGUGGCGGAGGACGCGGGCGAGUACACGGUCAAGGCCAUCAACGCGAAGGGCCAGUGCAAGUCGUCGAUCAAGAUGCAGGUGACGGCGAAGGGAGCGAUCAUCUCCGACACGCAGCAUCCGGAGGGUCUGGACAAGAUCAAGCAGCUCGAGGGCGCCAGUCCAUUCCGUCGCCCGGAGGUGCAGGAUGCGGUCACGAAGCAGCGCCCGGUGUUUACGCAACCACUGCAAAACAUCGACUACGUUGCGGAGGGCCAGACGGCACACUUCGAGUGCCGUCUGAUCCCGGUUGGCGAUCCAAACCUGCGCGUCGAAUGGUUCCGCAACGAGCAGCCGCUCGAGGAUAGUUCGCGCAUCACGAAGCAGCACGAUUUCGGAUUCGUGUCGAUGGAUCUGCAGCACGUGCGCGAGGAAGACGAGGGCGUGUACAUGUGCCGUGCGAUCAACCCGCUCGGUGAGGCCGUCACGACCGCCUCGAUGCGGGUGCGCACCAAGGCAAGCAUCCAGAUGGAUUCGCAGCACCCGGAGGGCAUGAAGAAGAUCAUCGCGCUGGAGCAGCCGCACCAGCAGCGGUCGGAGGACCAGGAGGCAGCAUUCGAGAAGCCCAUCUUUACGCAGCUGCUGACUGGACCGUCGGAGCUGUGGGAAGGUCAGCACGCCCACUUCGAGGCGCGUGUGGUGCCGGUCGGUGACACUAGCAUGAAGUACGAAUGGUACGUGAACGGCGUCGAGCUGAAGAUGGGCUCACGCUUCCGCACUACGAACGACUUCGGAUUUGUCACGCUGGACAUCAACUCGGUCGUCGCGGAAGACUCGGGUGUGUACAUGUGCAAGGCUAUUAACCGCGCUGGAGAGGCCGUCUCAUCGACCACAAUGAAGAUCAAGUCGAAGGCAUCGAUUGCGGGCGAACCGCUGCUGCCGGAAGCUUGGGAGAAGAUCCAGCUGAAGGAAGCCGCCAUGAACCGUGUGCCGGACAUGUUCGUCGACACGACGCCCCAGCAGGCGCCAGUCUUCACCACGCAUCUGGAAAGCCACGACAAGCUGCAGGAAGGCCAGCACGUCUAUCUGGAAGCUCAGGUGGAGCCACGUGCCGAUCCGAACCUGCGCAUCGAAUGGUUCAAGAACGGUAUCGCCAUCACGACCGGAGCGCGUAUACGCAGCACGUUCGACUUUGGACUUGUGACGCUGUCGAUCAACGGUCUGCGCGCGGAUGACUCUGCCAUCUACACCUGCAAGGCUACGAACAAUCUGGGCGAAGCUGUGUCUACCGCUACGCUCAAGAUUGACGCCAGCCACUGGCUGCUCGGAGACACGAUGCACCCUUCGUCGGUGCAGAAGAUCCAGGAUCUGGAGGCACCGCGCAUGAACCUGCGCGACGUGCCGGAGGAUCAGUUCGAGUCGCCCGUCUUUGUCGACCAUCUGAACAACGUGGAGAUCAAGGAGGGCGAAAACGCUCACUUCGAGUGCCGCGUCGAACCGUCCAAGGAUCCGACGAUGCAGAUCGAGUGGUUCGUCAAUGGAAAGCCGUUGCCGACUGGCGCUCGCUUCAAGACUACCUACGACUUUGGCUUUGUCUCGCUGGAUCUGACUGGCGCGUAUGCCGAGGAUUCGGGUAUCUACACGUGCAAGGCCACCAACAGCAAGGGAUCGGCAUCGACCUCGGGUUCGUUGCGUUGCGCCAGCACCACCACGAUGUAUCUGGACACGCAGCACCCGCAGGGUAAGGCCGGACUGGAGGCGGUACAGGACACGGAAGCGGCAUUGGCCAACCGAUACCGCCGCCAAGAGUCCAAGCCGGAGUCUGCCUUCCCGAAACCACAGUGGACGGUACAGCUGCAGUCGGAGUUCCGGCUGAACGAGGCGGAAGCACUGCAUCUGGAGGGCCAGGUGGAGCCAAAGGACGAUCCUAACCUGAAGAUCGAAUGGUACUUCAACGGUAAGGUGCUGGAGCAUGGUUCGCGCUUCAAGAUGACGAGCGACUUCGGUUUCGUUACGCUCGACCUGACGGAGGUGUACGAGCGCGACCAGGGCAUCUACACGUGCAAGGCAUACAACCAGGCCGGUGAAGCGUUCACCUCUUCGACCGUGUACUGCGUGACGAAGGAAAGCCUCAUCGAGCGUACCCAGCAUCCGAAGGGUACGGAGGGACUGGAGAAGAUCCAGGAUCUGGAGGACUCGCUGCGCCGCCCAGAAGGUGGAGAGGCCGAAUCCGACGCUGGACAUGCGCCACGCUUCACGUCCGAGUUCGUCAAGCUCACGAAUGUCGGAGAGGGUGAGAUUGCUCACUUCGAUGCAACGCUCAUUCCGACCGGCGAUCAGUCGAUGACCAUCGAGUGGCUGUACAAUGGCAAGCAGCUGGAGGCAAGUCACCGCGUCCGCACGGUGUACGCCUUCGGUAUGGUGGUGCUGGAGAUCCUCGGCACGAAGAUCGAGGACUCAGGAAGCUACACGUGCCGCGCCACGAACCGCUGGGGCACGGCCGAGAUCAGUGUCGACCUGGAGUGUGUCGAUAAGUCGGCUGGACAGAAGCCGCGCUUCACCACGCAGCUCCAGUCGCUCGAGGGCCUGAAGGAUGGUCAAUCCGCUCACUUCGAGUGCACGCUGGUGCCGGUGAACGACCCGGAUCUGAAGGUGGAAUGGUUCCACAACGGCAAGCCGAUGCGCCACUCGAACCGCAUCAAGCCCGUGUCCGACUUUGGCUACGUGCUGCUGGACAUUGCGUACGUGCAGAGCCACGAUUCGGGCGAGUACGUGUGCCGUGCGUCGAACAAGUACGGCGAGGAUACGACCCGUGCCACGCUCAAGUGCUUCGGCAAGGGUGGUGUGUACCUGGAGUCGCUGCAGCCCGAUUCGCUGGCCCGCAUUCGCGAGCUCGAGAGUCAGUCGGGUGCAAAGCAGACGGCGGCAGGAUCGCCAGUUGGCGAGGCACCACGCUUCACCACGAAGAUCAGCGACAUCACCAAGCUGGUGGAGGGCCAGAGCGCUCACUUUGAGGCGCGCCUGACGCCCAUCAACGACCCCGAGCUGGUGGUGGAGUGGUACUGGAAUGGACAGAAGCUGCCGCACGGCCAUCGCUACCGCACGUUCCACGAUUUCGGAAUUGUUAUCCUAGACAUUCUGUACUGCUACGAGGAGAACUCGGGCGAGUUUGAGUGCCGCGCGACGAACAAGUACGGCUCGGACAGCACCAAGGCGACGCUGCGCUGCAUCUCCAAGGCUAACCUCAUUCUGGACUCGCAGCUGCCCCGUGGAAUGGAGGGCGGACUCGAGAAGAUCCAGACGCUGGAGGAUUCGCUGAUCCGUACGCGCGACGAGCGCGAACGUACCGAGGGUGGACGUGCGCCAGUCUUCACCACUCCGCUUUCGAACAUCGAUUCACUGCGGGAGGGUGAGAGUGCUCACUUUGAGGCGAAGCUGACGCCGACCGACGAUCCGAAGCUGAAGGUCGAAUGGUUCUGGAACGGCAAGCCACUCAAGACGGGCUCGCGCUUCCGCACGUUCUGCGACUUUGGAUUCGUUAUCUUGGAAAUCUCGCCGGUAUAUCCCGAAGACUCGGGUGAGUACUCGUGCCGUGCAACGAACGAGUACGGCGAGGCCGUUACUACCUCGACCAUGCGUGUUCAGGGCAAGCGUAGCAUCAUCUUGGAAUCGCAGCUGCCCAAGGGCAUGGAGAGCACGAUCGAGCGUAUCGCCGAGCUGGAGGGCCUGGGUAUUCCGCACGGAGGACUUGGCUCGCCGGACGAUGACACUGGCAAGCCGCCGGAGUUCAUCACCACCCCGUCGGACAUGACGCUGACGGAGAAUUCGCUGGCCCACUUCGAGUGUCGCCUGACGCCGAUCAACGAUCCGAGCAUGCGCGUCGAGUGGUACCACAACGGUAAGGCGCUGUGGGCCGGUUCGCGCAUCAAGACGAUCAACGACUUUGGCUUUGUGAUUCUGGAGAUUGCGGGCUGCUAUCAGCGCGACUCGGGACUGUACACGUGCAAGGCGACGAACCGCCACGGCGAGGCGACCGUUUCGUGCAAGCUGACCGUGCGUGGUCGUCAGGGCAUCAUCAUGGAGCCACAGCUGCCGUCGAACUUCCGCACUGGCACGGAGAGCAUCCAGAAGCUGGAAGAGCAGCUGCACAAGCGCGAGGAGCUGAUGGCCGACGAGGAGGAGGGCCGUCCGCCGAAGUUCGUUGUCGAGAUCAAGGACAACGUGGACGUGGCUGAGGGUGGUCCGGUGCACUUUGACUGUCGCGUCGAGCCCGUGGGUGACUCGUCGCUGCGUAUCGACUGGUACCACAAUGGCAAACCAUUCGCAACUGGUUCGCGUGUGCAUAUGCUGAACGAUUUCGGCUUUAUUGCGCUGGACAUGGACUACGCGUACGUGCGCGAUUCCGGUGUGUAUGAGUGCCGAGCGACCAACAAGUGGGGUACGGCUUCGACGACCGCCAAGGUGACUGUGGUUGCCCGUGGUGGUAUCGUGCUGGACUCGCAGCUGCCCGAGGGUAUGACGGCUUCCAAGCUGAAGGAGCUGGAACGUGGCAAGGUGACGCUGGCCACGCAGGAAGAGCGUACCUUCGGACCGCCCAAGUUCGUGUCGCAGAUUCAGUCGGCCACGAUCGAUGAGGGCGAAACGAUUCGCUUCGAGUGCCGCGUUGAGCCGAAGGAAGAUCCGAAGCUGCGCGUGGAAUGGUUCCGCAACGGCAAACCACUGCCAAGUGGUCACCGUUACCGCACGAUCUACGAUAUGGGCUUCGUGUCGCUGGAUAUUCUGUCGGUGUACACGGAGGAUGCGGGUGACUACACGUGCCGCGCGUACAACGAACACGGCGAGGAUGUGACGAAGGCGCACAUUAGCUGCAAGAAGUUGCCGUCUAUUGUGCUGCAGAACCAGAUCCCGAAGGGCAUGCAGAAGUCGGAGACGCUCAUGCAGAUGGAGGCAACGAUCAAGAAGUACACCGAGGAGAUCUUCCUCACCGAGGACGAUCUGUUCGAUCCGGACCGCAAGCAGCCGCCGCGCUUCGUUGUGCAGAUCAAGGACCAGACCAACCUGGUGGAAAUGCAGGCGACCAAGUUCGAGUGCCAGCUGGCCCCGGUCGGCGAUCCGGACAUGAAGGUGGAAUGGUUCUACAACGGCAAACCACUGCCGUACAAGAACCGUUUCACGCCGAUCUACGACUUUGGUUACGUUGCAAUGAACUUUGGCUGGAUCUAUCCGGAAGACAGCGGCGAAUAUUUGUGCCGUGCCACGAACCUGUACGGUAUGGACGAGACGCGCGCCAUCAUCAAGACGACUGGCAAGCCAGGCAUCGUCUACGACUCGCAGCUGCCAAAGGGCAUGAAGAGUAUCCAGAAGAUCCGCGAAAUGGAAGCCUUGUGGAACUUGAACAUCCCCGAGGUCAUCGACGAGACGCAGAAGCCCAAGAAGGAACCAGCCUUUGUCAGCCGCCCGGAUUCGAUCGAGGUCGAGGAAGGUGAAUGGGCACGAUUCUGCUGCCGUGUCACCGGACAUCCGAAGCCGCGCGUCAUGUGGCUCAUCAAUGGACACACCGUUGUUAAUGGUCAACGCUACAAGCUCACCUAUGAUGGCAUGUAUCACUUCGAUAUUCCGAAGACGCGCCAGUACGAUACCGGCAAGAUCGAGGUCAUUGCCCGCAGCUCCGUCGGUGAGGCCGUUGCUAGCUGUGAACUGAAGAUUACGCCCCGCCGCGACGACUACCGCGGUGUGCUGAAGAACUCGCCACGACCAUGGUACGACUACGAUCUAGUCGCUUAUCAGAAGGGCCGUGUAGAGACGGAUCUGGAGGCGACGCUGCAGGAGGAGAAGAAGAAAAAGCGCAAGGUCGUGCAGAAGGCGAAGACGAAGAAGGAGGGCGAAACCGAAUGGCAAAAGACGGUCAAGCAGAAGAAGGGCGAGGAGUACUACAGCAAGCUGGCGGAGUUGGAAACCGAGCAGCUGACAAAGGAGCAAAAGAUGCGCGAAGAGAAGCAUCAGUUUGCGAUCCCGGGCGAGAAGGUUGUCAGUCAAUCGAUCGCCAAGGGUAUGGCAAGUGCCUACGAGCAGACGCUGGAGGAAACGAAGGAGAGCGAAAACGUGGAACUGAUUGACGCUCCCAAGAAGAAGCUGAUCCCGGAGCCAACGGAAACGUCCGUCCAGGGCAAGGAGGUGCACAUCUCGCAGCAGAAGCAAACGCAAAAGGAGGUGUUCGAUGACAAGGAGAUCAUUCGUAAGAUCACCGCCACCGAGACGACCGAGAUGGAGCACAAGGGUACGACGCAGGAGCGCGUGGUGGAGGGCCCGGUACAGCCGACCAAACCGCCCGUCUUUACGCGCAAGAUCCAACCGUGCCGGGCGUUCGAGAACGAGCAGGCCCGCUUCGAGGUCGAGUUCGACGGUGAGCCGAUGCCGACGGUCAAGUGGUUCCGCGAGAACUUCCAGAUCAACAACUCGGCCGACUUCCAGAUCCACACGUUCGGCACCAAGUCGGUGCUGAUCAUCCGCCAGGUGUUCCUCGAGGAUUCGGCCGUAUUUGCCGUAAUUGCGGAGAACCGCGGCGGAACUGCCAAGUGCAGCGCCAACCUGGUGGUCGAGCAGCGCCGACAGCAGGGCCGUGGUGGAGUCAUUCCGCCCAGCUUCGUAAGCACCAUCAGCGACACGACGGUAACGGCCGGUCAGUUGGCCCGCUUCGAUGCGAAGGUCACCGGUACGAAGCCGCUCGAUGUGUACUGGCUGAAGAAUGGCCAGAAGCUGGCGCCGAACAUCAAGUACAAGAUGCUCGAGGAGGACAACAACUACACGCUGCUGAUCAUCGAGGCGUACGCGGAGGACGGUGCGAAGUAUGAGUGUGUGGCCAUUAACGGAGCCGGCGAGGCACGGUGCGAUGCGGUCUGUACGGUGGACACACCGGUGACGCCGAUCAUCGAGAAGCCGGCCACACCCGGCACGGAGCGUCCGCCGACGCUGGUCGAGCCGCUGAAGGACAAAACCGUGCCCGAGGGACAGUCGGUCGAGUUCCGGACGCGUGUGACCGGCAAACCGACGCCCACCGCCCAGUGGUUCAAGGGUGACAAGCAGAUCAAACCGUCCAAGUACUUCCAGAUGGGCAAGGAUCGGGAUGCGUUCACGCUGAUUGUUACCGAGGCGUUCCCGGAGGACGAGGGCCAGUAUCUGUGCAUUGCUUCGAACCCGGGCGGUGAGGUGCACACGACCGCCACGCUGAAGGUGGUCGCGCCCGAGAUGCCCGACGCCGGUCCGAAGCUGAGCGAGAUGAAGGACUGCCUGGUGGAGGAGGGUUCGCCGGCCCAGUUCAAGACGACCAUCGUCGGCAAACCGACCAAGAUGACCGUCCAGUGGUUACGCGAGGGUCUGCUGAUUCCGGAGUCACCCGAUUUUCAGAUGAUCAACGAAGGCAACAACGCGGUGCUGCUGAUCGGGACGACCUACGAGGAAGACUCCGGUACCUUCACCUGCCGUGUGACCACGUCCGCCGGACAGGUCGAAACGUCCGCCAAACUGAUAGUCAAAAAGCGUCGAAAGCAGCUGCGACAGGUGCACGGUGCUGCUGGAGUUCACCUCCAACAGCAAAAGGAUGUGCAACCGACACAGCAAUUUUCGUCAUCGACCACCUCUGCGACUGCUCAACAGUUAAGCGAUACAUCGUACGAUAGUAGCACCGGUACGAGCGAAGUUGACACCGAGUUCGUCCCGCAGGGUGAUGAAAAUUUGCCAUGGAGACGAUCUCGAAGCCUAUCGCGAGGGCCAACCACUGAGGCUGUUGCUCCAUGGCGGCGUGCCUCUCAAGAUCGACGUACGUCCCGCGAUCGAUCACUGUCGAUCGAUAAACGCGAAGAGAUCAAGCCAUGGACGGCCGAGGUAGUUAAACUGAAGAAAACGACCAAGGAACGUAAAACCAUCGAGAAAGAAAAACUCGAAACGGUACAAUUGAAACCGACACAAAUCCAGAAGCCGCAGAUUAAGCGCGAACAGCUAGAGAAGGUCGAACUGAAGACAGUGAAACGUGAGCAGGAGAUAUCCGAGCUUAAUAUGGAAGAAAUGGUUCAAGCCAUCAUCGGAGAGCAGGAAGAUAUCGACCAUAUAGAUUAUAAUGUUCAGAAAUUACGUCACGAUGAGGAUAUCUCUAUUCUAGAGAUUCAGCAGCAGGUGGAUGAAUUAAUUCGCAAAGACUCGCAAAAGGCGGAAGGAGUUGCCUGGCGUCGAGGGGGUCCAAGAAAGGAACAGCCUCAAACCGGUAGGGAACAGUUCGUCGAAACUGACGAGAGCACUAUGCUUAAGGUAGAUCGAAACGAAACAACGACAGAACUAGAACAGCAAAAACUCACUCUGGACCAGGGAGCUGGCGUAGCGUGGAGACGAGGCAAACGUCCGGAGCCAGAACAUCAACCUUAUGCACAGGUGGAAGAUUCUACCAUGCUAAGUGUCGAUCAUUUAGAAGAGCAAGAAGCGAAACAGCAACAGCCCGAGCUCCAGCCAGUUCCUUGGCGACGAGGACCCAAAGAAACUACACCCAAACCCGUAGAGUUUACGGAACGAGAGGACUCUUCUACGCUCAAAUUGGAGCAAACCGAACAAGAACUGUCACAAGAUUCGAAACCAACCGAGCAACCGGUUGGCUGGAGAAGAGGACCGAAAGAAAAGAAGCCUGUUGUUGAACCAGCAACAGAAGAGCCGGCUCCAGAAGACCAACCAGAAACGCAACUGCCUCCAUGGAUGCGGGGACGAAAACCAGGACCAAAGCGAGAAUUACCAAAACAACCCGAGCCGGAAAAGGUCGAGCAAGUAAUGCUCAAGCCUACACCUCGCCAGAAGAAGGAGCUUCCGAAAGAGGCUAUUGAGGAGGUCUCGCUCAAGCCUGUCCCCAAGAAGCCAGUUGUGGAGGAGGUUGCUACUGCUGAGCCCGAGGAAGUCGAGGAAAAGACAGUCAAGAUUGUCAAGAAGAAAAAGCCAAAGUCCGUCACACAACAGGAGUCUCUUGAGAAGCUGGAGUUUACUUCCACGGAGGUACCCGAAGUAGAGAAAAUGGAGAUGCCCGAAAAGCUGGAGGAAGUCAAGCCAAUCGAGCCUGAACAAGAGCCUGAGAAGCCCAGUUGGCGUAGACAACAAAAGCCUAAGCCUCAAGAGGAAGUGCCAGAAGAAAAGCAAUGGCCUACUGGUAAGCGACGUCCUCUUCCAGAAGAACCGAAGGAAGAAGUCGUUCUCAAACCAAUUCCAAAGCCUACGAAAGAGACAGAGCCUAAAGAAACUAAGGAGCCUACGAUCAAACCGAAACCAAUACCAGAACUCGAUGAUAAACCCGAGCCUGAGCUUGAACUGGAGAAACCAGCCGUACCGGAAGAGGACACCAGUCUUCCUCCGUGGCGUCGUGGCAAGAAGCCAGUAGAGAAGAAGCCUCUUCCUCCUCCGGCUGAGCCUGAAAAGGUCGAGCAAGUAAUGCUCAAGCCUACACCUCGCCAGAAGAAGGAGCUUCCGAAAGAGGCUAUUGAGGAGGUCUCGCUCAAGCCUGUCCCCAAGAAGCCAGUUGUCGAGGAGAUUGCUCCAACUGAGCCCGAGGAAGUCGAGGAAAAGACAGUCAAGAUUGUCAAGAAGAAAAAGCCAAAGUCCGUCACACAACAGGAGUCUCUUGAUAAGCUGGAGUUUACUCCCACGGAGGUACCCGAAGUAGAGAAAAUGGAGAUGCCCGAAAAGCUGGAGGAAGUCAAGCCAAUCGAGCCUGAACAAGAGCCUGAGAAGCCCAGUUGGCGUAGACAACAAAAGCCUAAGCCUCAAGAGGAAGUGCCAGAAGAAAAGCAAUGGCCUACUGGUAAGCGACGUCCUCUUCCAGAAGAACCGAAGGAAGAAGUCGUUCUCAAACCAAUUCCAAAGCCUACGAAAGAGACAGAGCCUAAAGAAACUAAGGAGCCUACGAUCAAACCGAAACCAAUACCAGAACUCGAUGAUAAACCCGAGCCUGAGCUUGAACUGGAGAAACCAGCCGUACCGGAAGAGGACACCAGCCUUCCUCCGUGGCGUCGUGGCAAGAAGCCAGUAGAGAAGAAGCCUCUUCCUCCUCCGGCUGAGCCUGAAAAGGUCGAGCAAGUAAUGCUCAAGCCUACACCUCGCCAGAAGAAGGAGCUUCCGAAAGAGGCUAUUGAGGAGGUCUCGCUGAAGCCUGUUCCCAAGAAGCCAGUUGUCGAGGAGAUUGCUCCAACUGAGCCCGAGGAAGUCGAGGAAAAGAUAGUCAAGAUUGUCAAGAAGAAAAAGCCAAAGUCCGUCACACAACAGGAGUCUCUUGAUAAGCUGGAGUUUACUCCCACGGAGGUACCCGAAGUAGAGAAAAUGGAGAUGCCCGAAAAGCUGGAGGAAGUCAAGCCAAUCGAGCCUGAACAAGAGCCUGAGAAGCCCAGUUGGCGUAGACAACAAAAGCCUAAGCCUCAAGAGGAAGUGCCAGAAGAAAAGCAAUGGCCUACUGGUAAGCGACGUCCUCUUCCAGAAGAACCGAAAGAAGAAGUCGUUCUCAAACCAAUUCCAAAGCCUACGAAAGAAGUGAAGCCUACAGAAAGCAAGGAACUUACGAUCAAACCGAAACCAAUGCCAGAACUCGAUGAUAAACCCGAGCCAGAGCUAGAACUGGAGAAACCAGCCGUACUGGAAGAGGACAACAGCCUUCCUCCGUGGCGUCGUGGUAAGAAACCAGUUCCCAAAAGGGAAAUUCCUGCUCCGGAACCUGCUGUCAUGGAGACUGUUACUCUUAAACCAACAUCAAAACGGGCUAAAGAAUUGCCUCAAGAAUCGAUCGAGGAGGUAUCGCUGAAGCCUGUGCCUCAAAAGUCAGAAGUUGAAGAGGUCCCAGCCGACAAGGUGUCAAUAGCUGAGGUGAAAGAUAUCUCCCCAAAGAAGGUGAAGAAACCAAAACGAAAGGAGGAAUUGAAACCGCUUGAAAAACCUGUCUAUCCUGAGAUUCCUGAACAAGAGGAAGUGCAACUGGAGAAGACGGAACACAUUCCGGAAGAAGUACAAAAAGAGCCAGAAACAGUUCCAGAACAACCUCCAUGGCGAAGAACUCCAAAACCAAAACCUGUUGCAACCGAGGAAGAAGAAAAGAAAUGGCCAACAGGUAAGAGACGUCCACCAGUUGAGGAACCUAAGGAAGAAGUGGUGUUGAAACCGAUUCCUAAACCGACUAAAGAUGUCGAACCACAACCAGAGCAACAGAUCACAAUCAAACCUAAGCAUCCAGAACCAACACCAAAGGAGGAAAUUCCCGAAGUAACGCCUUGGCGUCGUGGAAAGAAGGAAAAGCCACCGGUCGAAGAGGAAGAGCCUAAAGAAUGGCCGAAAGGAAAACGAAGGCCACUGCCGGAAGCUCCUAAGGAAGAGGUGGUACUAAAACCAAUUCCUAAACCAUCGAAAGAAGAACCUCCCAAACCAGCCGAAGAACCAACGAUCGUUCUGCCUAAACCUACAGUUCAAGAGCCCGAGGAACCGAAACCGGCCCCAUGGCGUCGUGGAAAGAAGGAACUUCCCAAAGAAGAAACGCCCAAGGAAGAAAUAACACUCAAACCAAUCCCGAAACGCGAAGAGCCCGAGCAAACGGUGCAGGAAGAGAUCAUCCUGAAGCCAGUUCCAGCUCAACAAGCAUUGAUAGAGGAAAUCCCGGCACCGCAUGAAUUACAACCCGUCCGUGAUGUGAAGAUCGAGGAGACUGUAACCAAAAAGACGAAGCGCAUCAAAAAGCAAAUCAUUAAACCAAUGUUCCCCGAGUCGGGUAUUGCCGAGGUGGAAGAAUCGGUGACUUUCGAGGAACCCGAAGAACCGGCGCAGGUUGCAGAGACGAUCGUAGACAUUGUUGCGGAGGAGGUACUCGAUCUUAUCCCUGAUCUUGCACCACGCGAAACUGCUAAAAAGCGAAAGUCACGCAACAAAAAGCAUGUCGUCUUCAAGGAAGAGCUGAGCACGUUUGCAAUGGAACCAGAGGAGGAAGAGGAGCAAGAAGAGGAUGAAGCAGAGGAGGAGCAGGUGCAGGAGAUUUCGCGUUCCAGCAUAACGCUCACUCGUCCUGAUAGCAAACCGGCACCAGUGCCGGUAGAAGAACUCAAGAUGGAAGAACAGACCACCGAGUUCCGCAAAGAGAUGGAGGUGCGCGUGCAAUCCAACAUUGUCAAGAAGGAAAAGAAGCGUCGUGUCUUUAUCGACGACAGUCAACCGCUUCCUGAGCUGGAAAUCAUUACGCAGAAACGCGUCCAAGAAGUCACGGAUAAGAUCGCCGAAGAAAGCGUACGAGAGGAUCGUCAACUGAUCGAAACAACGCAACAACAAAUUUCCGAGACAAAGAUUCAGGAGCAAACAGUGAAGAUUAGCAAACCGAAGGUACAACCGCCAAACAUUGUGGAGAAGCUGCAGCCACAGAUCUGUGAGCCAGACAAACCGGUUCUGCUGCGAUGCCGCAUCGAGGGUGUUCCAUUCCCAACAGUGCAGUGGUACUUUAACGACACGGUACUGUUUGCCAGCUCCGAGUACAUCAUGAAUGUGGUGGAAGAUGUGGCCACACUGGAAAUUGCCACCGUGCAGCCUUACCACGUCGGUAUCUACACCUGCGAGGCGAAGAACGUCGCCGGAGUGGCUAUCAGCAAGGCAAACAUUGUCGUGCAGGAGAAGCCUGAGCACGGCGAGGCACCUCGGUUUGUAGUGCCGCUAAAGAUUGAGCUAAAUGAACAGAAAACGGUCGCAACUAUCACCUGUCAGGUGGCGGGCAUUCCCACUCCCAAGGUGCGCUGGUUGCGUGACGAGAUUGAGAUAAUCGAGGAGGAGGAAGAAGAGAUCGAAACAUACUACGAAGAACGCACCGGACACGUGCGACUGACCGUCAAGCAUCCAAAGCAGAACGUACCGGUGGUUUUCACUGUCGUAGCAGAGAACAAGUUCGGCAAAGCAGUUGGCAAAGCGAACGUGUACAUUCAAUCGGUAGUGAUGGAGCGAGCCAAACCAUCCGCCGUUGCGCCACAGAUCGUGCAGCCGCUAGAAGCACAGGUGGUUCGUACCGGAAGUACGCUUGUUUUCGAGUGUCGGUUCACUGGUCAACCAAAGCCUACGGUGAAAUGGUUCCGCAACAGCAAGGAAAUCGUCGAGGAGGAAGAAGAAGUCAUCAUUACGACGGAAGAGUACUACAGCCGGCUGGAGAUUCGCCGUGUGACCCGCCAAAGAGGUGGCAAAUACGAGAUUACGGUCAUGAACGAAGCAGGACAGGCUAAAUCGUCCGCCUCGGUUGCCAUCUCGGACGCUACCGAUACGGAUGAGGCUAAGGCACCGCGCUUCAUCGAACCGCUGGUGCCGAAGCUGAUCGCCGAGGCCGAGGUGUGCAUACUGGAGGCGUCGGUCGAGAGUUACCCAACGUCUACGUUCCAGUGGUUCAAGGAGGGUGCUGCGAUCAAGUCGACCAACGAGCAGCGCAUCGUCACGAAGGAGAACCGUUCGAUACUGAUCAUCGAGUCGUUCACCCGCCGGGACACGGGUGCGUACACGUGCCGGGCGGAGAAUGUGGCCGGUUCGGUAACUUCCACUGCGACCGUCCAAACGCUGGACACCAUUGAAACCGAGGAGGUUACCGAAUACAUAUCACCGCGGUUUUUGGAAACAAUCAAACCGACGCGUGUUAUGGAUGGAGAGCGCUUAACGCUUGAGUGCCAGGUUGUGGCGAUGCCGCUGCCGAAGGUCCACUGGUACCACAAUGCGCAGCUGAUCCAGGAAACCAAGGACAAACAGGUACAGCAGGACUCUACCGGGCGCUGUGUGCUCUCGAUCAGCGAGGUAUUCCCGGAGGAUAAGGGUGAGUAUACGUGCGUGGCCACCAACAAGAUCGGCGAGGCCAUUUGCCGCGCCACAGUCAACGUGGAGCCUUUCGAGUACGUGCCAGACUCGGAGCAGUUCCGUAGCUCAGAAGAGGAUUUGUUGACGGAUAAGUCUAUUUCAACACUCGAAGAGUAUGCGGAACCGAUCGAGUAUGCGCCGCAGAUAGUGAAACAACUGCCCACGAUCAUACACUCGCAGGAGCGCGAGUUGACUAAGCUGGAGGUGAAAGUACUUGCCCAUCCGAAACCACAGAUACGUUGGCUAAAGGCCGGCGAGGAAAUCAUCCCAUCGGACGAGUUCCAGAUUGAAAACUUUGACGAUGGCACGUCGAUACUCAUCAUCAAUGACAUCUACCCGGACGAUUCUGGGGAGAUUACCUUCGAAGCGCACAACGCACUCGGCGUGGCCAUGACAACUACGGAGCUAGUUGUAGAAGAAAUUGUCGGAACCAAAGCGUAUCGCAAACCAGAAUGGGUACAGCACAUGGAGGAACUAAAGGAGGCACUGCAAGAAACACCCGAUCUCAGAGAAGACGCCCAUCAUAGCACCGGCAGCCAUACUGCGAUUGCCACCACAACCAUCACCACGAACAACACCACUGUCACGAAGAAAAAACACAAGAAACUUCGCUCCGACAAACGGCAGCAGCACAAACACGAAGACGAGACAGAGGUUGUCGACAGUGAAGAGUCAAUCGAGGAGCGCAGGCGCCUAACGCAGCAACGUCGCAGACAGCCCCUGCAUCCGCUGCGCCCUCUGCUGCCAAGCGAGGAGCAGGUGCAGGAAGAGUUGGCCCCCGAUUUUCUUACCUCGCCCGUCCGCGAAGCGCACAGCCUCCCGCUGGAGGUGGCGACCGUGACGAGCGAGUCGACCGUGCUGAGUCAGGUAUCGAAUCUGGUCGAGCCUGACACGGCAGCCGGCACUAGUGCUACGGUCAAGGUCGUGCCGGAAACGGCCCUGGUAACUGAGGAGAUCUUUUUGUCCGAGCGUGAGUCCGACACGAUGCUGCCGGACAGUGCGCGCCUGGCAGCCAGUCCGCACUACAAGCUGUUCGGUGUGAAUAAGCCGGUUCAGGUUUCCGAGGUAAGUCCGCAGGAAAGCUCGUUUGAUCGAAGCCCGCAAACGAUGCCCCAGCAGGCGUCGGCUACAGCCGAUUUCGCACCCGUACAAUCGCUCAUCGUGAGCGAGUCCACAGCGCAGGACUCGACCGCUGUUUUGGAACAGGUGGUCGAAACUGUAGGCAGCGCCACCUUACAGCUGCUGACGCACGAUGCAACGAUCGUGCAGGAAACGGUGUCCUCACAGUCGGAGCGUGAGUUGUCGAUUUUGCAACGCCCAACACCUAGCCAUGCCCACACGAACGUACUAUCGAAGGAGUCGCUUCAGGUGACGGAAGUAAACCGCAUCGAAAAGGAAGAAACGUUUGACGGUCACAUGAAACUGCCCACCGUACAACCACACUACCAGAUACUACCGUCGGAAUCCAUUCAGACGGAAGAGACCAUCACUCAGGACGCACCGAGUCGUUACUAUCCUGAGCUGGUGGUUCCGACGGAAAGUGCCCGUCCAGCAAUCGUGGAACAGAAAUCGUACACGACGGAGGUUAUGAAUGCUCCGGAAAAGGAGGACACAUAUCAACCAGGACGUUUGCCUCCGCAGCAGUGGGCCGAUGUGGAGCUCCUGACCAAGGAACCAUUGUCCGUUACGGCACAACAGGUUGGAGAGUCUGAGGUGGAGUUUUCAGCAACACCAAAGAUAAGCUCCUACCAAGCCACUGGCUCUGUGACGAUGUUCGAAAACCAACUCACAACGCAACUGGUUAAUGAUAAUAUCACCGCCCAAGACUUCCAGGCUCAGCCGUUUGAGUCCAAACGAGCGAACGUAGAGUUCCUGGAGCGAACGUGUGUCUCGGUGUCGAAGGUACUAAGCAACGAAGCGGAAGCAUCGCUUGCACCGUUUGAAGUGACGGACAGUGCGAUGGCACAGACCACUCUUACGGCACUCAAACCCGUAAGCGAAUCGACGCUGCAAUUCAUCCACGAGAAGGAAACUCUCCAUCAAGGAGCUCCUCGGCCGAACGAAGCAAUUGCCGCGACACUGCUCGAACCUAUCGAAAAUCUUGCAAUCACCGAGGUGGAGACAGCUGAUACGGCUGGAAGAUUCUCACCGGAAGCCAUCGUCGACCGUUCCGAGCAGGCAUCGACCAGCUUUGUUCCAAUCCAAUCACACUCCGUUACGACAGUAGAUGCAAAUGAGAAGGAAGCUGACCUACUUGCUAAAGCUGCUGCACCUUCGGCAUAUGCUGAGCAGCAGCUUAACCUGCAGCACCAGCUAGAGGUUGUGCAGCAUGAAACUGCCGAACGGGAAUUUACCUUCCAACCGCACGCUAUGCCGCAAGAUCAAACACUAAAACCAACGCCAACCGAUAGUCUGAAGUCGGUGUUGGUGCAGGAAACGAUCGCCAAUGUAUCUGCGGCUGAGCUGCUCCAAACCACCCCAACGUCCCAGCUGGCACGUCUAGUUGGGGCCGGUGAACAUGAUGAAAAGAUUGUUUCCGAAAUCACCAUCUACGAAACGGUCCGGUCGCAGGAGGAAACAGUUCGACCGGAAGAGAAGACGGCCGAACUGCAACUGCCUAGUCUGGCCAGCGAGCUCAUUGUGACGGAGGUCGUUAGUGGUCAGAUGGCGAACGAAGAAUGUAAACUGCAGGAGCUGGCCAAGGAUCAAACGAUCAAGCCAAUCCCGACGCAUUCGCUCAAGACGGUACUGGUGGAGGAAACGGUUGCCAGUGAAGGAACAGACCGGCUGGACAUUCAGCAAACGCAAGAUAUCACGCAAGCCUACGUCAAAGGUGAUGAGCUGGAGGAAACGAUCGUAUCUGAGGCGAUGAUACUGGAGGGCACACAACAGUACACCGUGCCUGAUGCUCCUGCCCAAAAAUCGGCCACCGCGAACGUUGAACGCCCUGUUGAAGGCUUAACCGUGACGGAGAUAGUUUCUGAGCAGCGAGAACAGGAAGAAAUCAUACAACCUGUCAAAGAUCGCUCCGCAAAGCCGGUCCCGACGGAAGCGCUCAAGUCAGUGCUCAUCGAAGAAGUGCAACUGUCUAGCCACACUGAAACACUGGCAGCUGAUGAAACGCACGCUUCUGAAGCAAUCGUUAAGAUUGGAGACGCACUUGAGCAGACGACCGUACAGGAGAUGGUUAUCCUGGAAGAUGUAAACAAUCUUAAAGAGGACAGCAAACCUGAGCAAAAACAAGCCGACACACUGUUACAACCUAGCACCGAACUUACCAUCACCGAAGUCGUCGCCGAGGAUCGCGAACGAGAAGGUUUCGAUGUGGCCGAAAUUGCCAAAGAUCAUACGGCUCGUUCUGUACCGACGCACACGCUCAAAUCCGUACAGGUGGAGACAACAGAAGCGGUCGACUCGGUCACCAGCAUCGUGGCUCCUGCCGUUGUCGAGUCACUUGCCACCAUGCAGCGUGACCAGCUGGAGGAGAAGAUUGUAAGUGAGCAACUUGUGCUGGAAGCGGUGAAUCAGUAUGAACGAGAAAAUGUCGCCAUGCGUCAGGCCGUCCCAGCGCUGGAACCGAACAGUGAGCUGACGGUAACGGAAGUGAUGGUUGAGCAGAAGGAACAGGAGAAGGUAGACGAGCUGGCAGUGAAAGAUGCACACGCUCAGUCUCUACCGACGCAUAUGCUCAAAUCGGUUACAGUGGAGCAGGUAGAAGCUUCGGAAAGCCUUACCAGGAUAGAACAAACAGUACCGGUUGAAACCCUGGCCAGUGUUCGUAGCGAUCAGCUCGAGCAAACAAUGGUCUCUGAAAUGAUCGCUUACGAAGCCACCGCUGGAAUGGUUGAAGAGGUUAAACCGACCGAAAAGUUGGCUGAUUUAACAGUGAUUCCUAUCAACGAGCUACUCGUCAGUGAAACCGUUGCCGAGCAGAAGGAAAGAGAAGGAUUCAAUGUCGCAGAGAUCGCUCAGGAUUAUGUUGCCAAACAGGUACCGACGCAUUCGCUCAAAUCGGUCCAAGUAGAGGAAACGAUUGCGAGUGAAGACGCAUCUCAGCUUAGCCAAGCAUUGGCCAGCGAGACGAAAGCAACGACCCAGAAUGACGAGCUAGAACAAACGACCGUUUCCGAAACGUUUGUCUUCGAAGAGACGCCAGCACUCGAAGCUACUCCCAAACCGACUCCCAAAUCAGCAGAAUCGCUUUACGAGCCACAGAUUGGCGUAAUUGUUACAGAGAUCAACGUCGGACAGAAGGAGCGCGAUGGCUUCAGUGUAGCGGAGCUCGCACAAGACCACACGGCCACAGCUGUUGCUGGUCAUGCAUUAAAGACAGUAACGAUUGAAGAAAUCACCGCAUCCGACACGAUUGAUCAGCUUAAAUCUCCCCAGCAGCUGCUCAGCUCGGCUUCGGUGCGCAGCGAACAGUUCGAACAAACCACCGUCCAGGAGAUGACUGUGUACGAAGGCUCACAGCAGCUGCCGGUGGAUGAGAUGCCGGCAGCCAAGUCAGCCGAUCGGUCCUUCAUCCCCAACGCGGAACUGAUCGUGACCGAGAUCGUAAGCGAACAGAAAGAACGCGAAGGUUACAAUAUAGCUGAACUGGCGCGCGAUCACACAGCCACUACAACCAUGACCUCACACUCGCUCAGAUCGAUUACGAUCCAAGAGACACUUCCCGAGGAAUGCGUUGACAAGCUUCGGGAUGAUGAGACAGCAGAAGCUACCUCUGCCGCCGUCACGGACGACAAGUUAGAGGAGACGAUUGUGCGUGAAGCACUCGUUCUGGAGACGAUCGAUAACUACACGAUGGAGUUUACGCCAUCGGAAAAGCAAGCACUACCAAACAUCACUCCCAUGACGGAGCUGCACGUGACGGAAGUAAUCGUGGAGCAGAAGGAAAAGGACGGCUACUCGGUACAGGAUAUCGCACAAGAGCAUGUCGUAAAGAUGCUUCCCUCGCAUACGCUCAAAUCGGUCAUCGUGGAGGAGGUGCAGACAUCGGACGUGGUGGGUGACGUGGAGCAGCUACGGUCCAUCCCACUCACGGCAAGCGUUCGCAAGGAGCAGCUUGAAUCACAAACCGUCACUGAGCAGCUCAUUCUCGAAGGUCUCGAGAAGCUGGAUGAACAGCAAAAACCGACACACAAAUCAGCCACCACCAAUAUUGAAGCCAUCAGUGAGCUACUCGUGACGGAGGUCAUUGCGGAGCAGAAAGAGCAAGAAGGAUACGAUGUGCAGCAGAUAGCAAGCAACUACAACGCUAAAGAGGUUCCGUCGCACACGUUGCGGUCAGUACAGAUAGAGGAAACACUUCCAAUGGACGAUGUCAAGCAAUUCGUGAAUACACCACACACCUCCCAUGCCAAACCGCUGACGGACGAGAUCGAGGAACGAGUCAUUGCCGAAACGGUUGUGCUGGAAAACGUUGCUAACCUAGAACAAGUGUCCCAGCCGGAGUCAAAGCACGCGGAAAAGGUGUUGUCGAGUCAGACGGAACUUCACGUAACGGAGGUGGUUGUGGAGCAGAAGGAGAAGGAAGGAUACAGCGUGUCCGAUUUGAUAGUACAGCAGUCGGCGAAAACGGUCCCUACCGAGCCACUGAAAUCGAUCACCGUGGAGGAAGUGAUUCUGUCCAGUGGAACAGAAAACAUUGAAGCUAAGGAAACAGCCUCCUCCACACUUGCCUCCGUACGUAGUGACGAACAUCAGGAAACGACCAUUUCCGAACAGGUCGUGUACGAAGCAACGGAUCGUUUCGAACAACAAACUGUCCCGGAAGGAAAAACCGCAUCCUCCUCGAUGCAACCUCGCGAAGAGCUAGUUGUUACGGAGGUUGUAUGCGAACAGAAGGAAUCGGAAGGGUUCGAUGUGCAGCAAAUUGCCAGCGGCUACUCCGCACAGGUUGUUCCAUCGCAGAUACUCAAGUCAGUGGCGGUGGAACAGGUUCAAACAGUUGAAAUGCACGGUGUGAUGCAGGAGGAAUUAACUGUUGCCAGCGAGAACCGUGCGUUGGUUAACGAAUCUGAACACGAACAAAAAACCAUACAAGAAACCAUGGUGUACGAGAUGCUGUCUGAGAAACCGACCGAUCAAACACCCGAGCAAAAGCUCGCCAACAUUGGCGUUCAGCCGGUGCAGGAACUCAUCGUAACGGAGGUGAUUGCCGAGCAUAAAGAAAGGGAGGGCUUCGAUGUGCAUGAAAUUGCGAAGGACUACACAGCUCACCCAACUACAGCCGGUUUGCAUAAAUCGAUCGCAAUUCAAGAGGUGCACUCUUCGGACGCUCUGGAAGAGCUCGACGCAGCUGUAGCUACUGCCACGGCGACUCCCCAAACGGACAACCUGCAGGAAACGGUCGAGUCGGAAACGACAGUGCUCGAAGCCAUCACCAAUCUGGUGCCUGACGAUCAUCCUGCAGGGAAAACGGCCGCCACUGCUGUGCUGCCAAACGUAGAGCUGCAGGUGUUGGAAGUUGUGGUUGAGCAGCGCGAAAAGGAAGGUUUCGAUGUGAAAUCGAUUACUAAAGAUUUCCACGCACAAGCCCUUGCAGAAGCAGAACCGAUGAAAUCUGUCAUUGUAGAAGAAGUUCAGGUGAGCCAAGAUGCAACGGAGCUGCCUUCCAGUCCUGCUCAAAAGCAAGCGGCAACUUCUACCAAAGAUCAGUACGAACAGACGAUCGUAAGCGAAACAGUCGUGUACGAGGAUCUAGCACAACAGCAAGAGCGUCUAACGCCGGAAGAGCAUCGAGCAACGGCGAGCCUGGAUGCCGUAACAGGAGUUACCAUCAUCGAAGUUAUCACCGAACAAAAGGCAAAGGAAGGUGUUGAGAUAACAGAGAUCGAUAGUCAAAAGGCGAAACUGGUACCGAGUGAUGCUCUCAAAUCGCUUACAGUGGAGCAAGUGGACACACUGCAGAGUGUGGUGGAUGCACCGCAAGGACAAGUACCCAAGACGAAGGCACUUGUCAAGUCCGAUACCAUCGACGAAACGACGGUAAUCGAAACGAUGGUGUUUGAAAACACGUCCGAAUACAAGCAACAGCUCGAACUAACGCAACAAACGGCGAAGACACUCGCGGAUGAAGACACCAAGAAAUCACUUCUGGUGCAGGAGGUAUUGACGUUGCAAGAGUCAAAGACGCUACCAGCCGACGGCACCAAGCCGGUUGAAGCUAGCUUUACGCCCGACCAAUUGCUACAGACUACGGUGGAGCAGACGACCGUGUACGAGGGAACGGAACAGUUUUCGUCCACGCUAACGAUGGACAAAAAGUAUCCCACGUUCGACAUGCAAGGGCUUGAGCUACCACUUCAAAGUACGGUGGAUGUAUCAGAUGCUGUGAGUGAAUUGACACCGCAUCGCGAGCCCACAACUAGUGUUAAGCCUAGUCUUACAGAACAGCUUCCUGCGGCUUCCACCACGGAAACCGUGAGCCAGGACUCGUACGAUAAACUGUCCACACCGAAAGAAACCACCACGCAACAGGCACAGCGCACGGUAUCGAAUUUGUUCGUUUCGACCACGACCGAAACAGUGCUAGGGGAAGGGCUAGAUAGGGCCGAUUUCAGUCUGCGGUCAGAAACCCAAACGGCGUCGAUGAAGUUUACCGAUAUGACGGUUGUACCCCUGCAAUCUGAACUACUCACAUCCGACACGGCACAGCUACUUGAAGAGACCGUACAGCCACAUCACACUGGCCACAAAACACGUACCACUACAUCAAAGAGCAAACAGAUCACUAGUCAAGCCACACAACAGGAAGAACAAAUCAUACACACAGAAGAUACACAAAACAUACACAUUCAGAAACGAAAACAAUCCAUGCCGGAAGAAGUGCGCGUCUCACAAACAGUCAUUGAACAGGGUAAAACGAAAAAACAAGUAAUGAAAAAGCGAGUGGUGAAACAGGUCAUCGAUGGAAAAGAGCACAUCACAGUCACCAUCCAGGAAGAUGAUCAAGUGCCAAUGACAACUGUUACUGUAAGUGCAACGAAACUUCCAGUACAAGAAGCCAUCGAAAAAUCACUGGCUAACCAGCAAGAACCGGACGCAUUGCAAAUUUUACAGCCGAUUGAGGAAACAAUGAUCGAAGAGCAUCCAGAAGUUGUAGAAGAAGUCAGAUCUGACACCGGUGUAGUCAAGAAGAAGGUCGUUAAGAAGAAGAUCAUCAAGAAGCGUGUUGGGCCCAAGGAAGAGGUCACUGAGGAAGUUACCGUAGAGGAAGAUGGAAAACAGCCUGAGACAACUGUCACAGUCACCGAGCAUGAGGUUCCAUAUGAGGUUACAGAGCCUUUCGAGGAGGAGCGCAAGCCUCUCGAAGCUGUUGUGGAUGAGUAUCCAGAGCCAAUGCAGGCAACGCUUAAGACGAAGACUACCAAGAUCGUCAAGAAGAAGGUCAAGAAGAUCAAGCAAGGCGAGCCUAGCUCCGAAGAAGUUCCUCAGGAAGAGGUGGACGAGUUGGUCCUCGAACAGACUCCCAUGGAGAAACCAGUUAUUGAGGAGCUCCCAGAGCAUGUUGAGGUCGUUGAGACCAUCACUAAGGAAGGAAAGCCCAAGAAACACGUCACCAAAACCAAGGUCAUCAAGAAGAAGACGGCCGGAAAGGUCGAGGAGGUCAAGAUUGUGACUGUGCAAGAAGACGAUCAAGUACCCGAGACCACGGUCACCAUGACUGAGGAGGAGACGGCUCCUGAAACAGUUCCUACCGUGUCUGAGGAGACUCCGUCGGUUGAAGUCCUCAAACCUAAGAAAAAGAAGAUCAAAACCAUCAAGAAGAAGGGAGAGGAUACGACAACUAUUGUUCAGAAGCUGCUUAAGCUCGAAGUCACUAGCACAGAACUGCAACCGUACGAACACGUCGAUGGAACAGCGCCUAAACUAGACAUCAUACCUCAGACUGCUGUAGAAGCUCUUGAAAUUGAAGAGCUUCCAGAAGAGGUCAAGGUCACCGAAGUCGUCACCAAAACUGGUCAAACCAAAAAGCAAGUCACGAAAAAGAAGACCAUCAAGAAACGUGUCGGGCAAAAGGAGGAGCAUAUCGAGGUAGUCACUGUUCAACAAGACGACAUGGCUCCGGAAACCACCAUCACUGUAACCGAGGAAGAAACUCCCGAGCUCAAACCAGUUGAUGACAAGCCUAAGCCCAAGAAGAAGAAGGUCAAGACCAUCAAGACUACUGACGACUCUGACGAUAUCAUUGAGCGUCUUCUCAACCUGGAAGUGCACAAAACUGAGCUUGAACAGUACGAGAAGAUCGAUGUCGAUAUGCCGAAGCGCUUGCGACCGGUUGAGGAAACAACGAUCGAAGAGCAUCCAGAAGUCGUAGAAGAAGUCAGAUCUGACAUCGGUGUAGUCAAGAAGAAGGUCGUUAAGAAGAAGAUCAUCAAGAAGCGUGUUGGGCCCAAGGAAGAGGUCACUGAGGAAGUUACCGUAGAGGAAGAUGGAAAACAGCCUGAGACAACUGUCACAGUCACCGAGCAUGAGGUUCCAUAUGAGGUUACAGAGCCUUUCGAGGAGGAGCGCAAGCCUCUCGAAGCUGUUGUGGAUGAGUAUCCAGAGCCAAUGCAGGCAACGCUUAAGACGAAGACUACCAAGAUCGUCAAGAAGAAGGUCAAGAAGAUCAAGCAAGGCGAGCCUAGCUCCGAAGAAGUUCCUCAGGAAGAGGUGGACGAGUUGGUCCUCGAACAGACUCGCAUGGAGCAACCAGUUAUUGAGGAGCUCCCAGAGCAUGUUGAGGUCGUUGAGACCAUCACUAAGGAAGGAAAGCCCAAGAAGCACGUCACCAAAACCAAGGUCAUCAAGAAGAAGACGGCCGGAAAGGUCGAGGAGGUCAAGAUUGUGACUGUGCAAGAAGACGAUCAAGUACCCGAGACCACGGUCACCAUGACUGAGGAGGAGACGGCUCCUGAAACAGUUCCUACCGUGUCUGAGGAGACUCCGUCGGUUGAAGUCCUCAAACCUAAGAAAAAGAAGAUCAAAACCAUCAAGAAGAAGGGAGAGGAUACGACAACUAUUGUUCAGAAGCUGCUUAAGCUCGAAGACACUAGCACAGAACUGCAACCGUACGAACACGUCGACGGAACAGCGCCUAAACUGAACAUCAUACCUGAGACUGCUGUAGAAGCUCUUGAAAUUGAAGAGCUUCCAGAAGAGGUCAAGGUCACCGAAGUCGUCACCAAAACUGGUCAAACCAAAAAGCAAGUCACGAAAAAGAAGACCAUCAAGAAACGUGUCGGGCAAAAGGAGGAGCAUAUCGAGGUAGUCACUGUUCAACAAGACGACAUGGCUCCGGAAACCACCAUCACUGUAACCGAGGAAGAAACUCCCGAGCUCAAACCAGUUGAUGACAAGCCUAAGCCCAAGAAGAAGAAGGUCAAGACCAUCAAGACUACUGACGACUCUGACGAUAUCAUUGAGCGUCUUCUCAACCUGGAAGUGCACAAAACUGAGCUUGAACAGUACGAGAAGAUCGAUGUCGAUAUGCCGAAGCGCUUGCGACCGGUUGAGGAAACAACGAUCGAAGAGCAUCCAGAAGUCGUAGAAGAAGUCAGAUCUGACAUCGGUGUAGUCAAGAAGAAGGUCGUUAAGAAGAAGAUCAUCAAGAAGCGUGUUGGGCCCAAGGAAGAGGUCACUGAGGAAGUUACCGUAGAGGAAGAUGGAAAACAGCCUGAGACAACUGUCACAGUCACCGAGCAUGAGGUUCCAUAUGAGGUUACAGAGCCUUUCGAGGAGGAGCGCAAGCCUCUCGAAGCUGUUGUGGAUGAGUAUCCAGAGCCAAUGCAGGCAACGCUUAAGACGAAGACUACCAAGAUCGUCAAGAAGAAGGUCAAGAAGAUCAAGCAAGGCGAGCCUAGCUCCGAAGAAGUUCCUCAGGAAGAGGUGGACGAGUUGGUCCUCGAACAGACUCGCAUGGAGCAACCAGUUAUUGAGGAGCUCCCAGAGCAUGUUGAGGUCGUUGAGACCAUCACUAAGGAAGGAAAGCCCAAGAAGCACGUCACCAAAACCAAGGUCAUCAAGAAGAAGACGGCCGGAAAGGUCGAGGAGGUCAAGAUUGUGACUGUGCAAGAAGACGAUCAAGUACCCGAGACCACGGUCACCAUGACUGAGGAGGAGACGGCUCCUGAAACAGUUCCUACCGUGUCUGAGGAGACUCCGUCGGUUGAAGUCCUCAAACCUAAGAAAAAGAAGAUCAAAACCAUCAAGAAGAAGGGAGAGGAUACGACAACUAUUGUUCAGAAGCUGCUUAAGCUCGAAGACACUAGCACAGAACUGCAACCGUACGAACAUGUCGACGGAACAGCGCCUAAACUGGACAUCAUACCUCAGACUGCUGUAGAAGCUCUUGAAAUUGAAGAGCUUCCAGAAGAGGUCAAGGUCACCGAAGUCGUCACCAAAACUGGUCAAACCAAAAAGCAAAUCACGAAAAAGAAGACCAUCAAGAAACGUGUCGGGCAAAAGGAGGAGCAUAUCGAGGUAGUCACUGUUCAACAAGACGACAUGGCUCCGGAAACCACCAUCACUGUAACCGAGGAAGAAACUCCCGAGCUCAAACCAGUUGAUGACAAGCCUAAGCCCAAGAAGAAGAAGGUCAAGACCAUCAAGACUACUGACGACUCUGACGAUAUCAUUGAGCGUCUUCUCAACCUGGAAGUGCACAAAACUGAACUUGAACAGUACGAGAAGAUCGAUGUCGAUAUGCCGAAGCGCUUGCGACCGCUUGAAGAAACAACGAUCGAAGAGCAUCCAGAAGUCGUAGAAGAAGUCAGAUCUGACACCGGUGUAGUCAAGAAGAAGGUCGUUAAGAAGAAGAUCAUCAAGAAGCGUGUUGGGCCCAAGGAAGAGGUCACUGAGGAAGUUACCGUAGAGGAAGAUGGAAAACAGCCUAAGACAACUGUCACAGUCACCGAGCAUGAGGUUCCAUAUGAGGUUACAGAGCCUUUCGAGGAGGAGCGCAAGCCUCUCGAAGCUGUUGUGGAUGAGUAUCCAGAGCCAAUGCAGGCAACGCUUAAGACGAAGACUACCAAGAUCGUCAAGAAGAAGGUCAAGAAGAUCAAGGAAGGCGAGCCCAGCUCCGAAGAAGUUCCUCAGGAAGAGGUGGACGAGUUGGUCCUCGAACAGACUCCCAUGGAGCAACCAGUUAUUGAGGAGCUCCCAGAGCAUGUUGAGGUCGUUGAGACCAUCACUAAGGAAGGAAAGCCCAAGAAACACGUCACCAAAACCAAGGUCAUCAAGAAGAAGACGGCCGGAAAGGUCGAGGAAGUCAAGAUUGUUACUGUGCAAGAAGACGAUCAAGUACCAGAGACCACGGUCACCAUGACUGAGGAAGAGACGGCUCCUGAAACAGUUCCUACCGUGUCUGAGGAGACUCCGUCGGUUGAAGUCCUCAAACCUAAGAAAAAGAAGAUCAAAACCAUCAAGAAGAAGGGAGAGGAUACGACAACUAUUGUUCAGAAGCUACUUAAGCUCGAAGACACUAGCACAGAACUGCAACCGUACGAACACGUCGAUGGAACAGCGCCUAAACUGGACAUCAUACCUCAGACUGCUGUAGAAGCUCUUGAAAUUGAAGAGCUUCCAGAAGAGGUCAAGGUCACCGAAGUCGUCACCAAAACUGGUCAAACCAAAAAGCAAGUCACGAAAAAGAAGACCAUCAAGAAACGUGUCGGGCAAAAGGAGGAGCAUAUCGAGGUAGUCACUGUUCAACAAGACGACAUGGCUCCGGAAACCACCAUCACUGUAACCGAGGAAGAAACUCCCGAGCUCAAACCAGUUGAUGACAAGCCUAAGCCCAAGAAGAAGAAGGUCAAGACCAUCAAGACUACUGACGACUCUGACGAUAUCAUUGAGCGUCUUCUCAACCUGGAAGUGCACAAAACUGAGCUUGAACAGUACGAGAAGAUCGAUGUUGAUAUGCCGAAGCGCUUGCGACCGGUUGAGGAAACAACGAUCGAAGAGCAUCCAGAAGUCGUAGAAGAAGUCAGAUCUGACACCGGUGUAGUCAAGAAGAAGGUCGUUAAGAAGAAGAUCAUCAAGAAGCGUGUUGGGCCCAAGGAAGAGGUCACUGAGGAAGUUACCGUAGAGGAAGAUGGAAAUCAGCCUGAGACAACUGUCACAGUAACCGAGCAUGAGGUUCCAUAUGAGGUUACAGAGCCUUUCGAGGAGGAGCGCAAGCCUCUCGAAGCUGUUGUGGAUGAGUAUCCAGAGCCAAUGCAGGCAACGCUUAAGACGAAGACUACCAAGAUCGUCAAGAAGAAGGUCAAGAAGAUCAAGCAAGGCGAGCCUAGCUCCGAAGAAGUUCCUCAGGAAGAGGUGGACGAGUUGGUCCUCGAACAGACUCCCAUGGAGCAACCAGUUAUUGAGGAGCUCCCAGAGCAUGUUGAGGUCGUUGAGACCAUCACUAAGGAAGGAAAGCCCAAGAAGCACGUCACCAAAACCAAGGUCAUCAAGAAGAAGACGGCCGGAAAGGUCGAGGAGGUCAAAAUUGUGACUGUGCAAGAAGACGAUCAAGUACCCGAGACCACGGUCACCAUGACUGAGGAGGAGACGGCUCCUGAAACAGUUCCUACCGUGUCUGAGGAGACUCCGUCGGUGGAAGUCCUCAAACCUAAGAAAAAGAAGAUCAAAACCAUCAAGAAGAAGGGAGAGGAUACGACAACUAUUGUUCAGAAGCUGCUUAAGCUCGAAGACACUAGCACAGAACUGCAACCGUACGAACACGUCGACGGAACAGCGCCUAAACUGAACAUCAUACCUGAGACUGCUGUAGAAGCUCUUGAAAUUGAAGAGCUUCCAGAAGAGGUCAAGGUCACCGAAGUCGUCACCAAAACUGGUCAAACCAAAAAGCAAGUCACGAAAAAGAAGACCAUCAAGAAACGUGUCGGGCAAAAGGAGGAGCAUAUCGAGGUAGUCACUGUUCAACAAGACGACAUGGCUCCGGAAACCACCAUCACUGUAACCGAGGAAGAAACUCCCGAGCUCAAACCAGUUGAUGACAAGCCUAAGCCCAAGAAGAAGAAGGUCAAGACCAUCAAGACUACUGACGACUCUGACGAUAUCAUUGAGCGUCUUCUCAACCUGGAAGUGCACAAAACUGAGCUUGAACAGUACGAGAAGAUCGAUGUCAAUAUGCCGAAGCGCUUGCGACCGGUUGAGGAAACAACGAUCGAAGAGCAUCCAGAAGUCGUAGAAGAAGUCAGAUCUGACACCGGUGUAGUCAAGAAGAAGGUCGUUAAGAAGAAGAUCAUCAAGAAGCGUGUUGGGCCCAAGGAAGAGGUCACUGAGGAAGUUACCGUAGAGGAAGAUGGAAAACAGCCUGAGGCAACUGUCACAGUCACCGAGCAUGAGGUUCCAUAUGAGGUUACAGAGCCUUUCGAGGAGGAGCGCAAGCCUCUCGAAGCUGUUGUGGAUGAGUAUCCAGAGCCAAUGCAGGCAACGCUUAAGACGAAGACUACCAAGAUCGUCAAGAAGAAGGUCAAGAAGAUCAAGCAAGGCGAGCCCAGCUCCGAAGAAGUUCCUCAGGAAGAGGUGGACGAGUUGGUCCUCGAACAGACUCGCAUGGAGCAACCAGUUAUUGAGGAGCUCCCAGAGCAUGUUGAGGUCGUUGAGACCAUCACUAAGGAAGGAAAGCCCAAGAAGCACGUCACCAAAACCAAGGUCAUCAAGAAGAAGACGGCCGGAAAGGUCGAGGAGGUCAAGAUUGUGACUGUGCAAGAAGACGAUCAAGUACCCGAGACCACGGUCACCAUGACUGAGGAGGAGACGGCUCCUGAAACAGUUCCUACCGUGUCUGAGGAGACUCCGUCGGUGGAAGUCCUCAAACCUAAGAAAAAGAAGAUCAAAACCAUCAAGAAGAAGGGAGAGGAUACGACAACUAUUGUUCAGAAGCUGCUUAAGCUCGAAGACACUAGCACAGAACUGCAACCGUACGAACACGUCGACGGAACAGCGCCUAAACUGAACAUCAUACCUGAGACUGCUGUAGAAGCUCUUGAAAUUGAAGAGCUUCCAGAAGAGGUCAAGGUCACCGAAGUCGUCACCAAAACUGGUCAAACCAAAAAGCAAGUCACGAAAAAGAAGACCAUCAAGAAACGUGUCGGGCAAAAGGAGGAGCAUAUCGAGGUAGUCACUGUUCAACAAGACGACAUGGCUCCGGAAACCACCAUCACUGUAACCGAGGAAGAAACUCCCGAGCUCAAACCAGUUGAUGACAAGCCUAAGCCCAAGAAGAAGAAGGUCAAGACCAUCAAGACUACUGACGACUCUGACGAUAUCAUUGAGCGUCUUCUCAACCUGGAAGUGCACAAAACUGAGCUUGAACAGUACGAGAAGAUCGAUGUCGAUAUGCCGAAGCGCUUGCGACCGGUUGAGGAAACAACGAUCGAAGAGCAUCCAGAAGUCGUAGAAGAAGUCAGAUCUGACACCGGUGUAGUCAAGAAGAAGGUCGUUAAGAAGAAGAUCAUCAAGAAGCGUGUUGGGCCCAAGGAAGAGGUCACUGAGGAAGUUACCGUAGAGGAAGAUGGAAAACAGCCUGAGACAACUGUCACAGUAACCGAGCAUGAGGUUCCAUAUGAAGUUACUGAGCCUUUCGAGGAGGAGCGCAAGCCUCUCGAAGCUGUUGUGGAUGAGUAUCCAGAGCCAAUGCAGGCAACGCUUAAGACGAAGACUACCAAGAUCGUCAAGAAGAAGGUCAAGAAGAUCAAGCAAGGCGAGCCUAGCUCCGAAGAAGUUCCUCAGGAAGAGGUGGACGAGUUGGUCCUCGAACAGACUCCCAUGGAGCAACCAGUUAUUGAGGAGCUCCCAGAGCAUGUUGAGGUCGUUGAGACCAUCACUGAGGAAGGAAAACCCAAGAAGCACGUCACCAAAACCAAGGUCAUCAAGAAGAAGACGGCCGGAAAGGUCGAGGAGGUCAAGAUUGUGACUAUGCAAGAAGACGAUCAAGUACCCGAGACCACGGUCACCAUGACUGAGGAAGAGACGGCUCCUGAAACAGUUGCUACCGUAUCUGAGGAGACUCCGUCUAUUGAAAUUUUGAAAACUAAGAAGAAGAAGAUCAAAACCAUCAAGAGGAAGGGCGAUGACACGGAUGAUAUUGUUCAGGAGCUUCUUAAGUUAAGUGCUCCCAUCUCUUCUGAGGAACCAUUCGAUCGGCCGACGAUCGAGGAACUAGUCCCUGCUUCAUGCGAGCUCCUGCAAGCCAUCAAGCCGAAACAAAAAGGAAAAUCUAAGAAGCAAACACACACUACCACUCCACAGCUUGAUACACAAGACACACACUCACAAUCACUUAUUCUACAUGAUACCGAGGAUGCCGAAACGCACGAACACACAUCUCCUGAAUACAUCACUACAUUUGAAACAUGUACAGACAACAACCAGACAUUCAUAAAGUCCAAAAACACAAAGAUCAUUAAGGAACAUGGGGCAGUAAUCGAAGAAACAUUCGAUGAUACCAUUACUCACACUAUUCCUCAAAUGCCAUCGGAAGUUCUGAUAGAAGAGAUUGAAGAAUCUGCACCACUACUCCAAAUCACACAACUCGAAGAAACACCUCAAAUCGUACAGGAAGUCGCCACAAAACAUAAACCCAAGAAGAAACAAACACAAACACAAGCAAACGAACAAACUGAGACUGUAACAGUUGAGCAAGUUCAACUGAUUCCAGGAGAAACAGAACAUACGGCCGAGAUGCGUACUGUAGUCACAAAGAGGGCUAAAUCGAAAAAGUCUAAGGUUACUGUUAUACAAGGGGUCACUGAAACUGUUGUUGUCGAAGAUGAAGACGAAGUUCCGCUUGAAACUCAACCGGCUCCUGCUCAUGAACAAGCCGUAAUUAUUUCUGAGCUUCCUGAGCAAAUAACCGUGCAAGAAGUGAUCACUGCCACUGGAGAAGCCAAAAAGCAGAUCACAAAAAAGAAAACCAUCAAGAAACGUGUCGGGCAAAAGGAGGAGCAUAUCGAGGUAGUCACUGUUCAACAAGACGACAUGGCUCCGGAAACCACCAUCACUGUAACCGAGGAAGAAACUCCCGAGCUCAAACCAGUUGAUGACAAGCCUAAGCCCAAGAAGAAGAAGGUCAAGACCAUCAAGACUACUGACGACUCUGACGAUAUCAUUGAGCGUCUUCUCAACCUGGAAGUGCACAAAACUGAGCUUGAACAGUACGAGAAGAUCGAUGUUGAUAUGCCGAAGCGCUUGCGACCGGUUGAGGAAACAACGAUCGAAGAGCAUCCAGAAGUCGUAGAAGAAGUCAGAUCUGACACCGGUGUAGUCAAGAAGAAGGUCGUUAAGAAGAAGAUCAUCAAGAAGCGUGUUGGGCCCAAGGAAGAGGUCACUGAGGAAGUUACCGUAGAGGAAGAUGGAAAUCAGCCUGAGACAACUGUCACAGUAACCGAGCAUGAGGUUCCAUAUGAGGUUACAGAGCCUUUCGAGGAGGAGCGCAAGCCUCUCGAAGCUGUUGUGGAUGAGUAUCCAGAGCCAAUGCAGGCAACGCUUAAGACGAAGACUACCAAGAUCGUCAAGAAGAAGGUCAAGAAGAUCAAGCAAGGCGAGCCUAGCUCCGAAGAAGUUCCUCAGGAAGAGGUGGACGAGUUGGUCCUCGAACAGACUCCCAUGGAGCAACCAGUUAUUGAGGAGCUCCCAGAGCAUGUUGAGGUCGUUGAGACCAUCACUAAGGAAGGAAAGCCCAAGAAGUACGUCACCAAAACCAAGGUCAUCAAGAAGAAGACGGCCGGAAAGGUCGAGGAGGUCAAAAUUGUGACUGUGCAAGAAGACGAUCAAGUACCCGAGACCACGGUCACCAUGACUGAGGAGGAGACGGCUCCUGAAACAGUUCCUACCGUGUCUGAGGAGACUCCGUCGGUUGAAGUCCUCAAACCUAAGAAAAAGAAGAUCAAAACCAUCAAGAAGAAGGGAGAAGAUACGACAACUAUUGUUCAGAAGCUGCUUAAGCUCGAAGACACUAGCACAGAACUGCAACCGUACGAACACGUCGACGGAACAGCGCCUAAACUGAACAUCAUACCUGAGACUGCUGUAGAAGCUCUUGAAAUUGAAGAGCUUCCAGAAGAGGUCAAGGUCACCGAAGUCGUCACCAAAACUGGUCAAACCAAAAAGCAAGUCACGAAAAAGAAGACCAUCAAGAAACGUGUCGGGCAAAAGGAGGAGCAUAUCGAGGUAGUCACUGUUCAACAAGACGACAUGGCUCCGGAAACCACCAUCACUGUAACCGAGGAAGAAACUCCCGAGCUCAAACCAGUUGAUGACAAGCCUAAGCCCAAGAAGAAGAAGGUCAAGACCAUCAAGACUACUGACGACUCUGACGAUAUCAUUGAGCGUCUUCUCAACCUGGAAGUGCACAAAACUGAGCUUGAACAGUACGAGAAGAUCGAUGUCGAUAUGCCGAAGCGCUUGCGACCGGUUGAGGAAACAACGAUCGAAGAGCAUCCAGAAGUCGUAGAAGAAGUCAGAUCUGACAUCGGUGUAGUCAAGAAGAAGGUCGUUAAGAAGAAGAUCAUCAAGAAGCGUGUUGGGCCCAAGGAAGAGGUCACUGAGGAAGUUACCGUAGAGGAAGAUGGAAAACAGCCUGAGACAACUGUCACAGUCACCGAGCAUGAGGUUCCAUAUGAGGUUACAGAGCCUUUCGAGGAGGAGCGCAAGCCUCUCGAAGCUAUUGUGGAUGAGUAUCCAGAGCCAAUGCAGGCAACGCUUAAGACGAAGACUACCAAGAUCGUCAAGAAGAAGGUCAAGAAGAUCAAGCAAGGCGAGCCUAGCUCCGAAGAAGUUCCUCAGGAAGAGGUGGACGAGUUGGUCCUCGAACAGACUCGCAUGGAGCAACCAGUUAUUGAGGAGCUCCCAGAGCAUGUUGAGGUCGUUGAGACCAUCACUAAGGAAGGAAAGCCCAAGAAGCACGUCACCAAAACCAAGGUCAUCAAGAAGAAGACGGCCGGAAAGGUCGAGGGGGUCAAGAUUGUGACUGUGCAAGAAGACGAUCAAGUACCCGAGACCACGGUCACCAUGACUGAGGAGGAGACGGCUCCUGAAACAGUUCCUACCGUGUCUGAGGAGACUCCGUCGGUGGAAGUCCUCAAACCUAAGAAAAAGAAGAUCAAAACCAUCAAGAAGAAGGGAGAGGAUACGACAACUAUUGUUCAGAAGCUACUUAAGCUCGAAGACACUAGCACAGAACUGCAACCGUACGAACACGUCGAUGGAACAGCGCCUAAACUGGACAUCAUACCUCAGACUGCUGUAGAAGCUCUUGAAAUUGAAGAGCUUCCAGAAGAGGUCAAGGUCACCGAAGUCGUCACCAAAACUGGUCAAACCAAAAAGCAAGUCACGAAAAAGAAGACCAUCAAGAAACGUGUCGGGCAAAAGGAGGAGCAUAUCGAGGUAGUCACUGUUCAACAAGACGACAUGGCUCCGGAAACCAUCAUCACUGUAACCGAGGAAGAAACUCCCGAGCUCAAACCAGUUGAUGACAAGCCUAAGCCCAAGAAGAAGAAGGUCAAGACCAUCAAGACUACUGACGACUCUGACGAUAUCAUUGAGCGUCUUCUCAACCUGGAAGUGCACAAAACUGAGCUUGAACAGUACGAGAAGAUCGAUGUUGAUAUGCCGAAGCGCUUGCGACCGGUUGAGGAAACAACGAUCGAAGAGCAUCCAGAAGUCGUAGAAGAAGUCAGAUCUGACAUCGGUGUAGUCAAGAAGAAGGUCGUUAAGAAGAAGAUCAUCAAGAAGCGUGUUGGGCCCAAGGAAGAGGUCACUGAGGAAGUUACCGUAGAGGAAGAUGGAAAACAGCCUGAGACAACUGUCACAGUCACCGAGCAUGAGGUUCCAUAUGAGGUUACAGAGCCUUUCGAGGAGGAGCGCAAGCCUCUCGAAGCUGUUGUGGAUGAGUAUCCAGAGCCAAUGCAGGCAACGCUUAAGACGAAGACUACCAAGAUCGUCAAGAAGAAGGUCAAGAAGAUCAAGCAAGGCGAGCCCAGCUCCGAAGAAGUUCCUCAGGAAGAGGUGGACGAGUUGGUCCUCGAACAGACUCCCAUGGAGCAACCAGUUAUUGAGGAGCUCCCAGAGCAUGUUGAGGUCGUUGAGACCAUCACUAAGGAAGGAAAGCCCAAGAAGCACGUCACCAAAACCAAGGUCAUCAAGAAGAAGACGGCCGGAAAGGUCGAGGAGGUCAAAAUUGUGACUGUGCAAGAAGACGAUCAAGUACCCGAGACCACGGUCACCAUGACUGAGGAGGAGACGGUUCCUGAAACAGUUCCUACCGUGUCUGAGGAGACUCCGUCGGUGGAAGUCCUCAAACCUAAGAAAAAGAAGAUCAAAACCAUCAAGAAGAAGGGAGAGGAUACGACAACUAUUGUUCAGAAGCUACUUAAGCUCGAAGACACUAGCACAGAACUGCAACCGUACGAACACGUCGAUGGAACAGCGCCUAAACUGGACAUCAUACCUCAGACUGCUGUAGAAGCUCUUGAAAUUGAAGAGCUUCCAGAAGAGGUCAAGGUCACCGAAGUCGUCACCAAAACUGGUCAAACCAAAAAGCAAGUCACGAAAAAGAAGACCAUCAAGAAACGUGUCGGGCAAAAGGAGGAGCAUAUCGAGGUAGUCACUGUUCAACAAGACGACAUGGCUCCGGAAACCAUCAUCACUGUAACCGAGGAAGAAACUCCCGAGCUCAAACCAGUUGAUGACAAGCCCAAGCCCAAGAAGAAGAAGGUCAAGACCAUCAAGACUAGUGACGACUCUGACGAUAUCAUUGAGCGUCUUCUCAACCUGGAAGUGCACAAAACUGAGCUUGAACAGUACGAGAAGAUCGAUGUCGAUAUGCCGAAGCGCUUGCGACCGGUUGAGGAAACAACGAUCGAAGAGCAUCCAGAACUCGUAGAAGAAGUCAAAUCUGACACCGGUGUAGUCAAGAAGAAGGUCGUUAAGAAGAAGAUCAUCAAGAAGCGUGUUGGGCCCAAGGAAGAGGUCACUGAGGAAGUUACCGUAGAGGAAGAUGGAAAACAGCCUGAGACAACUGUCACAGUAACCGAGCAUGAGGUUCCAUAUGAAGUUACAGAGCCUUUCGAGGAGGAGCGCAAGCCUCUCGAAGCUGUUGUGGAUGAGUAUCCAGAGCCAAUGCAGGCAACGCUUAAGACGAAGACUACCAAGAUCGUCAAGAAGAAGGUCAAGAAGAUCAAGCAAGGCGAGCCUAGCUCCGAAGAAGUUCCUCAGGAAGAGGUGGACGAGUUGGUCCUCGAACAGACUCCCAUGGAGAAACCAGUUAUUGAGGAGCUCCCAGAGCAUGUUGAGGUCGUUGAGACCAUCACUGAGGAAGGAAAACCCAAGAAGCACGUCACCAAAACCAAGGUCAUCAAGAAGAAGACGGCCGGAAAGGUCGAGGAGGUCAAGAUUGUGACUGUGCAAGAGGACGAUCAAGUACCCGAGACCACGGUCACCAUGACUGAGGAAGAGACGGCUCCUGAAACAGUUGCUACCGUAUCUGAGGAGACUCCGUCUAUUGAAAUUUUGAAAACUAAGAAGAAGAAGAUCAAAACCAUCAAGAGGAAGGGCGAUGACACGGAUGAUAUUGUUCAGGAGCUUCUUAAGUUAAGUGCUCCCAUCUCUUCUGAGGAACCAUUCGAUCGGCCGACGAUCGAGGAACUAGUCCCUGCUUCAUGCGAGCUCCUGCAAGCCAUCAAGCCGAAACAAAAAGGAAAAUCUAAGAAGCAAACACACACUACCACUCCACAGCUUGAUACACAAGACACACACUCACAAUCACUUAUUCUACAUGAUACCGAGGAUGCCGAAACGCACGAACACACAUCUCCUGAAUACAUCACUACAUUUGAAACAUGUACAGACAACAACCAGACAUUCAUAAAGUCCAAAAACACAAAGAUCAUUAAGGAACAUGGGGCAGUAAUCGAAGAAACAUUCGAUGAUACCAUUACUCACACUAUUCCUCAAAUGCCAUCGGAAGUUCUGAUAGAAGAGAUUGAAGAAUCUGCACCACUACUCCAAAUCACACAACUCGAAGAAACACCUCAAAUCGUACAGGAAGUCGCCACAAAACAUAAACCCAAGAAGAAACAAACACAAACACAAGCAAACGAACAAACUGAGACUGUAACAGUUGAGCAAGUUCAACUGAUUCCAGGAGAAACAGAACAUACGGCCGAGAUGCGUACUGUAGUCACAAAGAGGGCUAAAUCGAAAAAGUCUAAGGUUACUGUUAUACAAGGGGUCACUGAAACUGUUGUUGUCGAAGAUGAAGACGAAGUUCCGCUUGAAACUCAACCGGCUCCUGCUCAUGAACAAGCCGUAAUUAUUUCUGAGCUUCCUGAGCAAAUAACCGUGCAAGAAGUGAUCACUGCCACUGGAGAAGCCAAAAAGCAGAUCACAAAAAAGAAAACCAUCAAGAAACGUGUCGGGCAAAAGGAGGAGCAUAUCGAGGUAGUCACUGUUCAACAAGACGACAUGGCUCCGGAAACCACCAUCACUGUAACCGAGGAAGAAACUCCCGAGCUCAAACCAGUUGAUGACAAGCCCAAGCCCAAGAAGAAGAAGGUCAAGACCAUCAAGACUACUGACGACUCUGACGAUAUCAUUGAGCGUCUUCUCAACCUGGAAGUGCACAAAACUGAGCUUGAACAGUACGAGAAGAUCGAUGUCGAUAUGCCGAAGCGCUUGCGACCGGUUGAGGAAACAACGAUCGAAGAGCAUCCAGAACUCGUAGAAGAAGUCAGAUCUGACACUGGUGUAGUCAAGAAGAAGGUCGUUAAGAAGAAGAUCAUCAAGAAGCGUGUUGGGCCCAAGGAAGAGGUCACUGAGGAAGUUACCGUAGAGGAAGAUGGAAAACAGCCUGAGACAACUGUCACAGUCACCGAGCAUGAGGUUCCAUAUGAAGUUACAGAGCCUUUCGAGGAGGAGCGCAAGCCUCUCGAAGCUAUUGUGGAUGAGUAUCCAGAGCCAAUGCAGGCAACGCUUAAGACGAAGACUACCAAGAUCGUCAAGAAGAAGGUCAAGAAGAUCAAGCAAGGCGAGCCCAGCUCCGAAGAAGUUCCUCAGGAAGAGGUGGACGAGUUGGUCCUCGAACAGACUCCCAUGGAGCAACCAGUUAUUGAGGAGCUCCCAGAGCAUGUUGAGGUCGUUGAGACCAUCACUAAGGAAGGAAAGCCCAAGAAGCACGUCACCAAAACCAAGGUCAUCAAGAAGAAGACGGCCGGAAAGGUCGAGGAGGUCAAGAUUGUGACUGUGCAAGAAGACGAUCAAGUACCCGAGACCACGGUCACCAUGACUGAGGAAGAGACUGCUCCUGAAACAGUUCCUACCGGGUCUGAGGAGACUCCGUCGGUGGAAGUCAUCAAACCAAAGAAAAAGAAGAUCAAAACCAUCAAGAAGACGGGCGAUGACACCGACGACAUUAUUCAAAGGCUUUUGGAUCUGGAAGUGAAAAAGACCGAACUAGAGCAAUAUGAAAAGAUUGAUGUGGAGUUCAAGAGUAAGACAAAGCACACGGAAGAACACGUGAUUGAAGAUCAGCCAGAGUUUGCCGAAGUCUCGGAUGUACCUGUGCAGCGUGCAGUGAAGAAGAUUACCAAAACUAAAACCAUCAAACCCAAGCCAGCACUGGACGAUGAGCAAAAACCUUCCAUUGAAAUAGUCGAUGAAGAACAUGUACCAGAGCUUCCAGAAUCUAUCCAAGAACAGGAGGAAGCAUAUGAGCAAGCAGAAGAAUACGCGUACGAAAUGCCUCAAGAACAAAUUCCAGUUGUUGAGGAGCUUCCUGAAGAAAUCACGGUUAAUGAAGUGGUUACACUUAGUGGCAAGAUCAAAAAGCAAACUACUAAGAAACGUACUGUAAAGAAAACCAUUGGCGACAAGCAAGAGCUAGUCGAAGUAGUGACGGUUGAAGAGGAAGGCCAACAGCCCGAAACAACCAUAACUAUCACAGAAUCGGAAGAACAGCCAGAACUGCCAGCUACCAUUGAACAAAUGGAAGUUGAGUCACCCAUUAAACCGAAAGAGCCUCGAAAGCUGAAAAAGAAGAAAGUAAAGUCGAUAAAGACUACGGACGAUGUGGAUUAUAUUAUCGAACGAUUGCUUAAUCUCGAGGUGAAGAAGACCGAACUGGAACGUUACGAACGCGUUGAAGUAGAGCUCAAGAAACGCCACAAAACGCUAGUGGAAGAAACCCUGCACAUGCCUGUAGCAGAGAUGGCUGUGCUGGAGGUGAUGGAGCUUCCCAAACCAGAAACUGUUCGCAAAACUUCCAUCACCACAGUUCCACAAGAACCGGAACAAGCUAAGAAGGUUGUUAAGAAAAAGAAACCUACAUCUUUACCAGAAGCACAAGUUACAGAGGAACCAGUUUCGAUCCCUAGUGUAGCUGUGGAAGAAACCAUUGCUUCAGAAGAAACUACCGUAUUAGACGAUAGUCUAAACGAAGAGCCAACAACGCCAAGUACGGCGAUUAUUAAAAAGAAAGUCACUAGAAAAUCUGUGCGCAAAGAACAACCCAUAGCAGCUGAAGAUGUGCCAUCUGAGCAACCUUCCGAGAAAGCAGAGGUACCAGAAACGGUUGAGAUGUUUGAAAGUGAUCUAACAGAAGUUGAUGUAGCUCGCGAAAUUUCAAUAGCAGUACCACAGCCACAGGAAGCUUGCGUUGAAGAGUACGACGAUUCAUUCUUAACAUACGAAGAGAAAUCGCUCAAGAAAUUACAAGAAGAAAAGCUCAAACCGACUACAGAGGCGCAAGCCGAACCCAAGAAGGUUGAAAAGAAGGUUAAGAAAAAACCCAAGAAGGACAAGCCGUCUGAAGAAGACGAACAGCUUCAGCGCUUAUUGAACUUGGAGAUUGAAAAAACGCAACUCGAGCAGUACGAGAAGGUUGAGCUCGAAAGCAAACCCAAGCCAGAAAAACUGAAACCAGUAUUGGUGCCUCAAAAAAUUGAGCGCAAAGAACAAAAAGCUCAAAAGAUGCUUAUCUCAGAGCCAGAAGAACAGCCACAAAUGGUACGGCUUCGAAAGGUGAAGAUGCCGGAACGCAAGGAAAUAGAGGAAGUAGUCGUUCCCAAGGUACUGCUCAAGAGUCGAAUGAUCGCGGUGGAAUAUCCGCCAGAAGCGUUGAAACCGGUCAUUACCGAUCUGACACCCGUGAGAGCAAUUGGCGAGCUGUCGAGAAUUGAGGAGGAAGAAUCUGCUGAGAAGCUGAAAAAGAUUAAGAAGAUCAAAACUAGCAAGAGCAAGAAGCUGGAAUUGGAAACGCCAGAAACGAUGGACUAUGAGGACGAAAAGCCAGAAAAGGAAGAGUUCGACCAGGAAGCUCACAGGUAUCAGCGUAAACCUAAAGAAAUCUCGGGCGAAAAACCGGAAGAGAAAACGCUCAAGCUAGGCAAGGGUAAGCUAAAGAAGGAUGAAGACGACAUUGAGCAGGUGAAGCUGAAGAAAACGCCCAAAAAGCCCAAAGAGGAAGAGCCGGAAGAGCAAAAGACCGUGACGAAGCCAAAGCAAAAACCAACAGAAGUCGAAACAGACGACAAGCAGCGUCAUGUCGAAAAGCCCGUCUAUAAACCCACUGACAUACCAGACUAUACGGUUGAUAUGGAGGAAUAUAAGGCUCCAGAACCAAUUCCAGACGAACCGGAAGAGGAAGCAAAGAAAAAGCCAAAGCCCAAGAGGAAACCGAAAACACCGGACGAGAAGGAAGAGGAACCGAAACCGUUGGUUAUGGGUAAGGGUAAGCCUAAACCUGAAGAGCCGGAGGAAGAUGUCAAGUUCAGAAUUCCUGUUGGUAAGAAAGAGGAUGAGGAGCCAACCGAGAUCAAGUUGAAACCGUUCAAAAAGCCUGCUUCCAAAGAUGAAGAGCCAGCUAAAGAUGCUGAUAGAGAAAUGGCUCUCCCGGCUAGUACUGAAAAGCCUCAGGAACCAGAAGAGGAAACUACUUCACCGCAAAAGGUCAAAAAGAUCAUAAAGAAAACUAAACCAAAACAGAAACCAGACGCACAGGAACAGCUGGACGAACCGGCCCAAGAGGAAAUGCCCCAAUCGGUGCCAGACAUUGUCGAAGACGUUCCUGACAUUGUUCAUGCUGUAGUGCCGAAAACUAUCACCGAUGAGGAGUUCCAAAAGCCGGAAGAACUAGAUCUUACCCCACAGCCGCAGUUUGAUUUCGUAAUAGAGCAGCUGCCCGAGGAGGUUAAGGUGACGCAGGUCAAAACGGAAGCCGGCACAGUAGAGCAGCAAACAGUGAAGAAGCGCAUCAUCAAAAAGAAGAAAGACGACAAGGAAGAACUCAUUGAGAUAGUGACCGUGCAGAAGGGCGACGAGCUUCCCGAGGCAACAGUAACAGUUACACAAGUGACCCCGGACGACAGUACUACCACUGCAGCGCAGCCGGAAAGUGCUGCGAAGCGCAAGGUACGCAUCAAGAAAACAGUCAAACCGAACACGCUAGAAGCGGACAUUGAGCGACUCCUGAAUCAGGAAAUUUCCAAAACAGAGCUCGAGGUCUACGAGAAGACAGACUUUGAGCCGGCAAAGCGCGUCAAAGAGCAGUCGGUUGAAGCGGUUGCUCCCGAAACAGCCGUACUGGAAGAGCCUACUCCUACCGCACCGCAGCAGGUGAAGGUUAAGUCGAAGGCCUCCAAGAAACAACACCCAGUCACCCCAUUACAAGCCAUACCACUCGAACCAGCCAUUGGACACGAAGCUACCCAACAGACACUCGAUACCACCACACACACAGUCGAAGACAGGCGGCCAAUCAGUGCGGAUACCGUAGAUUUGCAGGAGGACACAUUCGAGACGAAUGAAUUCGUUGAGACCGGUCCGUUGCAGGAUGUUGUGCAGCCGGUCGAUGUGCCGGAAGCCGCGCUGGAGAAGCCGGAGGUAUCGCUGAAGCCUCAGGUGGCAGCCGCUCCGGUCGAGGAGGUGUUGGACGUGGCGGUGGAACAGACGGACGCUGUGGCAGCCGAGCUUCCGCAGGAAGAGCAGGCGGCCGCGUCCGAAAUUCCAUCCGCCGUUACCGAAACACCAAUCGUGAGUAAACCCAUUCUUGAAGCAGCUCCAAUCGAAGCCGUUCUUGAGCAACAGGUUGAGGAGACGGGUACGGCCGACGCACUAAAGCUGGAGGGAGAGCAGCUCGCACCGGUCGAGGUGCCCGAUGACGCCACCGAGAAGCCGCUGGUGCAGGCCAAACCAACGCUCGAGGCUGCCCCGAUGGAAGAGCUGCUCGAGCAGCAGGUCGAGGAAACGGACAAUGUGCCUUCGCUGGCGCUCGAUACCGUGCAGGUAGCGCCGAGCGAUGUGUCGGAGCACGCAACCGAAAAGCCUACGGUACAGGACAAGCCCCUGCUGGAGGCCGCCCCUGUGGACGAUCAGUUCGAUGUGUCCAUCGAGGAAGCGGACACGGUUGCUUCGCUCACUCUGAACGAGGAGCAUCUGACGCCAGUCGAUGUGACGAUCGGAGCAACCGAAGUGCCGGCAGUGCAAGGCAAACCGACGGUUGCUGCAGCCCCAGCCGAAACCGUUCUAGAGCAAGCGGUGGAAGAGGCUGCAGCCGUGCAGGAGCCUGUGCUGGAGACGGAGUCGCUUGUGCCGGUGGAAGAGCAGCGGGCAGAGCCGACGGAAGAGGCGCUGGUACAGCCGGCCGCUACCGUCGAAACUGCUCCGGCCGAAGCGCCCAAGAAGGUGGUGAAGAAGGUGGUGAAGGUAACGAAGAAGUCCAAGAAGUCCAUCGACGAUGACGAGGAGCUGCAGCGCCUGCUCAACCUGGAGAUCGAGAAAACGCAGCUGGAACAGUACGAGAAGAUCGACGUCGACGGCAAGCCGAAGGUUAAGCCGGAGAAGGGUGAGAUUGUUAAGCUAGAGCCUAUUAAGAUCGAACGUAAGGAACAGAAACCGAUUCAGCCAGAAAUCACUGACACACAAGAACCACAAACAGUUAAACUGCGCAAAACCGUCAUACCAGAGAAGCGGGAGGUGGAAGAGGCAGCCGUACCGAAGGUACUGCUGAAGAGCCGCAUCGAGCGGGUGGAGCUCGCCGUCGAAGGGCAGCAGCCCGAGAUCGUGCAGCUGGACACCCGGCCGGGACAGGGAGUGUUGUCGCGCAUCGAGGAAGACGAGGUGGAGCGUACAAAGAAGGUGAUCAAGAAGGUAAAGGUGAUCAAGAAGGAAAAGCCCGAGCUGGAAACGCUGGACAUUGAGCGGUACGAGAAGGAACCGAAGGAAGACGAGCCGAAGGACGAACAAAAGCCACAGUACCAGCGGCAGCAAAAGGAAGCUCCGAAGGAUGAACCGGAAGAGCGCACGCUGCAGCUGGGCAAGGGUAAGUUAAAGACGGACGAGGAGCAUCACGAGGAGGUGAAGCUGAAGAAAACGCCCACCAAACCAAAGGAAGAAACGGUCGAGGAAAUGAAGCCAAAGAAAAAGGUCGAAGAAAAGCCAAAGGAAGAGGAGCUGGACAGCAAGAAGCGCAGCGUGGAAAAGCCAAAGUUCACACCGACCGAUAUUCCGGACUAUGAGACGCCUCUCGAGCCGUACGUGAAGCCGGAACCAGAACCGGAGGAAAAACUGGUACAGGAACCGGAGAAACCAAAGGUACCGAAGGAGCCGAAGGUGCCCGAGGUUCCCGAGGAACCCGAGCACAAGAUCGUUUUAGGUAAGGGCAAGAAGCCGGAACCGGAACCUGAGGAUGAGUUCAAGCUCCGCAAACCGGUACCAACGAAGCCGGAGGAAGAAAAGGAAGAGAUUAAGCUGAAACCAUUCACAAAGCCAACGCCCGACACGGAACCGAAAGAACGUGAAGCAGACCGUGAUAUGGCGCUUCCAGUUCCAAAGGAUGUGCCCGAUAGUGCAGAACCAGACGCAGCUAAGAAGAAGGUAAUCAAGAAGGUUAUCAAAAAGCCGAAGGCACCGGCCGAGGAAGAACCUAAACCAGAGGAGCCAGUCACGGUGCCCGAAGCACCGGUUCCGAUUGAAGUACCUGCUCCAGUGGUUGAAGAGGUGGUGCCUGUACCUGUUGAGGAGGUCAAGAAACCCAAGGAAGUGCUGGUGGAGCAGCCCAAGGAGCUGGUACUUCCACAACCGGCUGAAGAACAAACGGAAUCUCUCCCCGUUCCACAAGUCCCAGAAGAGAAACCAAUCGAAACGGUACAAGAACCUGCACCGGAGGUGAAGGAAGAAGCCCCGGUGGAGGUACUGGAACAGAAGGAGAAGAUCGUAAAGAAAAAGGUUGUGAAAAAACCAAAGAAAAAACCGGAAGAAGAUGCCGAACUGGAACGCUUGCUAAAUCUGGAGAUCGAGAAAACGGAACUGGAGACGUACGAAAAGGUUGAUCUUGAACCGAAACCCAAAGAAACACCGGCCCCGAAACCGGCCGAAGUGCCUGCAAAGGUUGAAGAACCGGUCGUUGAAAAGCCAGCCGUGGUGGAGCCAGUCGUGUCCAAGGCACAGAUGGUCGAGGAAGUACUUGUGCCCGAGGAAGCACCCACUAUUGCACCGGUUGAGCCGGCGAAGCCAACCGAACCGGUAACGAAACAAGUUCCGGAGGAAGUGGUAACUGCCGUGCAGGAACCGGUGGUCGUUGUGAAGACCGACGAACCAAAGCCCGUUCCGGCGGAGCCAAAGCCGGUUGAACAGCCGGUUGAGCCAGAAAAGGUGGAAGAGAAGAAACCGGUAAUCAAGAAGAAGGUUAUAAAGAAACCCAAGAAGGCUUCUAUUGAAGAUGACGAACAGUUGCAGCGUCUGCUAAAUCUGGAAAUUGAAAAGACGGAGCUGGAACAGUACGAAAAGGUCGAUGUAGACAUCAAGAAGCCACAGAAGACGGUCGAAACGGUUGAGGUGCCGCGUACGACACAGGUGGCCGAAGUGGAGGAGCCAGAACCGGUCGAGGUAACACUGAAGCCGAAGAAGACGGUCAAGAAACCGACCGAACCGGAACCGGUGGAGGCAGAAUUUAAGAUCACCAAAAAGCCACGCCUACCGGAAGCCCCACAAGAGGUGGAGGAUCAGAUCACGCUGAAACCGACACCGCAGAAAGCGGAAGAAACGGUUACCGUUGAGCGUAUCAUUAAGAUCGAGGUAGAGCAGCCGGAACCGGUCGAACCGCCGACCAUUGAGGAGGUGGAAGCCGAUGAACCACAGCCCGUGGAGGAUGUGGAAACGGUGGAGCCGGUGGUUGAAGAGCCGGUAGAAACGGUGGCUCCCGAGGAAGAGGUUGUCCCCGUGCAGCCCUUGAUCGAGGAGGUGCACGAUGUGCAACCGAUCAUCGAGGAUGCCGUGAUUGAGGCACCAUCCGAGGAGGCUCCAACCGUGGUCGAGUCGGUCCCGAUACAGCCCAUCGUGGAAGAACCGCAGCCAGUAACGCCUCUGCGCAAGGUGUCGCUCAAACCGGUCGAACCGAAGCCAGAAGCGCCGGCGGAGAAGAAGCCGGCCGAAAAGCCCAAGAAAAAGGUGGUGGUUGUGAAGAAGAAGAAGGCAAGCAUCGACGAUGAUGCGGAGCUGCAGCGGUUGCUGAAUUUGGAAAUCGAGAAGACCGAGCUGGAACAGUACGAGCGCGUCGAUGUGGAUCUGCGCAAGCGGGAGAAGAUGACGAUCGACGACCAACCGCAACCACAGCGAGCUGUGGAAUCGACGAUCGAGCCGGAAGAGAGCGCACAGGUGAAGCUGCCACGCAAGAAGAGCAAACCGAAGGUAGAGGCUAUUGAAGAGACGGAGGUUGAGUUUAAGAUCAAGCCUAAGAAACAACCGCAGGUGGAGGAAACGGUCCAGGAAGCGACGGUGUCGCUGAAGAAACCGAAGAAGCCAGCACCGGUGAUCGAGGAGACGGCAACGGAGGAGGUGGUUGUGUUGAAACCGUCCGUACCGAAACCGGAAGAGGUGGAAGAUGUGGAGGAGUCGAUCAAGCUGAAGCCCAAACCAGCCCCGUACACGACUGAUGAAGCGGAAGCUUCGCUCAAGAUCGUCCGAGAAGAGGAACAACCGGCCGAACCGGAGCCUGUGAAGGUGGAAGAGAAGAAGCCCAAGAAGAAGGUUGUUCCGAAGAAGAAGAAGGAGGACGAUAUUGACGAGAUCACGAAGAAGCUGCUCGAGAUGGAUGUUCCGAAGACGGAGCUGGAGAAGUACGAAAAGAUCGAUCUCGACGUUGUGAAACCACCGAAGGAGACGGUCGACGAGGUGACGAUGGUCAAGCGCAAACCAAAGGUGAAACCAUCGGUCGAGGAAGAGGAAGAGGUUGAGACGAAGCUUUCUCUGCCCAAGAAGAAACCAUCCAUUACGGAACCGGAAGAGGCAGAGGCUACGUUUAAGGUAGCACGAAAGCCCUCGGUACCGCAGCAAGCCGAAGAUGUUGAAGCAUCGCUUACGAUCACCAAGGAGGAGGAAGUGCCGGCAGAGGAAGAGAUCACCGAGCACGUUGUGGUGCGCAAACAGCGCCCCCGUCCCAAGCCCGCCUUCCGGCGCGAAGUCCUGGACGAGGAGGAGGUGCGCAUCAAGAAGAUCAAAAAGGUACGCCAACCGCGGCCCGUCUUCAAGGACAUCGAGCCCGAAAACGUUACGUUCCGGCCGAAGCGCACCAAGCACAUCGAAGACAUCGAGCAGGAGUUCAAGAUACAGCUCGAUUCGUACGCACGCGAAGAAAUCUCCAUGUCCGGCCGGGUGAAGCUGCCGGCACCGUACAGCUACGGCGAGGAAACGGGCGAAGCGCACAUCACCAUCAUCAAGCAGGUGGACGAGGACGAUGAGGUGGUGUACGAGGUCAUCUACGAUGAUAGUGAGCAGGACGCGGAGGAAGAGUACCGGUACGAGGACGAAGACACCGAGAACGUGGUGAUCGAGCUGCGCAGACGGCGCGAAAAGCUCGAGAACCUGAUCAUGCACCACGAGGAGGAAAUCUCACUCGAUCUGACGCAGCGUAACAGAUCACAGUUCACCACCACCACACACGAAGAAGAAUCAUUCACACUGAAACAGCCCAAGAAAGUCCUACCAACAUACUCUGAAGAAACGGCAUCGCUGAAAAUUAUCCGUGAGGAAGAUGCAAACGAUAUGUACUGCAUUCAGGCUGUUGAGGCAGAGAAUGAGGAAGCACUGCACAUCGUGGAAGGAGAGAAGGUCUAUGUUAUUGAGCAUAGCAACUCGGAAUGGUGGUACGUGAAGCGAUCCUGGUGCGAAGAGCGCGGUUUCGUGCGUCGCGAGUACCUGAUGGACGCCGUCACCUAUCCGCAGUACGUGCAGAAGACGCUGAACGAAAAGAUUGACAAACUGCCGGUGUUUGAGAAGCCGGGCCCGGGUGAGAAGCCGCUCGCACCGAAGAUCAUCGAGAAGCUGCAGCCGAUCACGACGCAGGAUGGCUACACGGUGCAGUUCGAGUGCAAGGUGGAAGGAUUCCCGCGACCGUCGAUCACCUGGUUCCGCCAGACGGCCGUCAUUAAACCGUCGCAGGACUUCCAGAUCUACUACGAUGACGACAACGUUGCCACGCUGAUCAUUCGCGAGGUGUUCCCGGAGGAUGCGGGCACGUUCACGUGUGUCGCUAAAAACAUUGCCGGAUUCGCUUCGAGCGCUACCGAGCUGGUUGUUGAUUCGUACAGCUCGGACCAUGGUUCGGACGUUGCCACGCUGUCGCGCAAGAGCAUGUCGCGCGAGUCAUCGCUGGCCGACAUCCUGGAAGGCAUCCCGCCCACGUUCUCGCGCAAACCGAAGGCGCAGUACGUGGACGCGGGAUCGGAUGUGCUGCUCGAGUGCCGUCUCGUGGCCGUGCCCGAGCCGGACAUUCUCUGGUACUACAACGGGGUGGAGAUCGAGAGCAAGGACAACGUGCAGGUCGUGGUGGAGUCGGACAUGCACAUGUACUGCACCGUGGUGCACAUCAAGGGCAUCGACAAGCUGCAGGAGGGCUCGUACCAGGUGGUCGCCCGCAAUCGGGAAGGUGAAUCGUCGCUCGACAUCAUGGUGAAGGUGAAGACAGGCGUGCAGGAACCGCCCCAGAUUCUGGAACCGCUCAAGAGCAUGACGAUCCGCCAGGGCGAGACGGUGAUUCUGUCCACGCAGAUCGUCGGCAAUCCGGCACCGGAGGUGCAGUGGUUCAAGAACGGUGUGGCUUUGGACGUGCCGACGCAAGCGGAUCGUAACAUGUACACCGUGACGCUGGUGGCUCCGACGCACGACAAUGCGGGCGAGUACACUGUGCGCGCCAAGAACGCUGCGGGAAGCGUUGAAACGAGUGCCUUCCUUACGGUCGAUGAAUCGAACGUUGGUAACCCGCAAGCACCACUCUUCCUGGAGCGCUUCGAAGAGCAGAGUGUGCCACAGGGCGGUACGAUCAAGCUUCCAGCAAGGGUGACCGGUAAUCCAGUGCCCGAGAUUCUCUGGGUGCGCAACAACAACACGCUGCUGCCGUCCAAGCGCGUCAAGCAGGCGUACGAUGGUGAAAACAUUGAGCUGUUGAUCAACAACGCCGACUCGGAGCAGGACUCGGGCAACUACAAGUGCAUUGCGUCGAACACGAUCGGCAAGGCAUCGCACGGUGCGCGCGUUACGGUCGAGGUGGACAAGGUAACGUUCACCAAGAAGCUGAAGAAGACGAUCACGGUGGAGGAAAGCCGUUCGGUGACGCUGGAGUGCGAAACGUCGCACACGGUGUCCACCAAGUGGUUCCACAACGGCAAGGAGCUGAGCGGCAUGGACCAUCGCAUGAUCGUGCAGGAGGGCAAGGUGCACAAGCUGAACAUCAAGAACCCGACCAUCAACGAUACGGGCGUGUACCGGUGCACGGUCAAGGAUCAGCAGACCGAGUGCAGCCUGACGGUCAUCGAGGCGAAGCCCGAGUUCCUGCGCAAGCUCGAGGACGUCGAGACGAAGGAGAAGGAGCACGCCGUGCUGGAGGUGGAGAUCACGUCCGAGACGGCCGACGUUACCUGGUACAAGGAGGGCCGCAAGCUGGUCGAUACUACCGGCAAGUACGAGUUCGCCAAGAAGGGCAAAUCGCGCGUACUGUUUGUGCGCAACACGUCCGUGCACGAUGAGGGCGAGUACACGUGCGCCCUGGCCGAUCAGGAGUGUUCGGCCGAGGUGUCCGUAAUUGAGCUGCCGCCGGAGAUUAUCAGUGCACCGCGAGACGUAACGGUUGCCCGCGGGGAGGACGCCAUCUUUGAGCUGGAGCUCACCAAGGGCGAUGCGCUGGUGCGCUGGUACCGCAACGAGGAGGAGCUGUCGUUCAACGGGCACGUGCAGCUGACGAUCGAUGGCAAGCGGCAGACGCUCAAGAUCAACAAGACGGUCGAUGCGGACGGUGGAGAGUACACGUGCGUGGUCGGUGAGCAGCGUGCCAAGGCUCGGCUGACGGUGGAGAAACCGGUCGUCGACUUUGUUCGUCGUCUGCCCGAGGUUACGCUGACGACGCGCGAUAACGAUGCCGUGUUUGCGGUGGAGUUGUCCGAGUCGGCAGAUGUGGUGUGGUACCGCAACAGCAAGGCUAUUACCGCCUCCAGCAAGUAUGAGCUGGUUGUGGAGAAGUGCAUUCGCAAGCUGAUCGUGAAGAACAGCGUCGAGGACGAUGAGGACGAGUACACGUGUACGGUGUCGAACGCGAAAACGUCCUCGAAGCUGAAGGUGGAGAUUAUCAAGGUUGCGCCAACUAUCUUCGAGGACGGUGCGCGUACGUUCACGAUCCGCAAGGACGAGGACGUUACGUUCAGCGUGAAGUUUAACGCGACGCCCAAGCCGGAGGCUGAGUGGCGUGUGAACAAGCGCGUCAUCAUCCCGUCGGCAAAGUUCGUCUCCACUGUUACGGAGGAGACGGCCAGUCUGACGAUCAAGCGUGCGGCCGAAGUCGAUGCCGGAGAGUUUACGCUCAAGCUGACGAACGAGUGUGGCGAUGCUAGCGCUUCCUUCACGCUCAUUAUCAAGAAACAACCUGGAGCUCCAGAAGCACCAGAGGCAACGCUCAUCACCGAUGACUCGAUCACAUUGUUCUGGAAGGCACCAAGCGACGAUGGCAACAGCAAGAUCACCGAGUACUUGUUGGAAUAUCAAGAGAAGAAUCAAAAGAAAUGGACCGAGGUUACGAGCAUCACCGAAACGACCACUACCGUCACGAAGCUGACGAAGAAUGCUGAGUACACAUUCCGUGCCACCGCCAUCAACGAGGUGGGCAAGGGUCCAGCGUCACCCAACUCGCCGUACUACAAGAUCGUGGCACCGAUCCAGAAGGAAGCUCCGACGGUAAGCGAGCACCUGAAGGAUGUGCACGUCGGACUCGGCCAAACGGUAACGCUGAGCUGCAUUGUGACGGGUGUGCCCGUCCCAGACGUGGCCUGGUUCCGCAACGGACAGCCGCUCAAGCAGGACGUCGUGUCGUACGAGAACGGUUCCGCCAAGUACCAGAUCAAGUCGACCACGGUGGAAAGUGGGGCCAAGUACACGUGCCGCGCCACCAACGAGGUGGGCAGCGUCGAGAGCAGCUGCCAGGUGGUGAUCGAGGAGAAACCGACGCUGACGGUCGAGAAGAAGCAGAUCGUGCAGAAGCUGCGCGUUGGCGACGAGUGGAAGGUUGUGGCUGAAUUCACCGGCUUCCCGGCACCGGAGCUGAUCUGGUACCGCGAGGAGGAGAAGCUCACUUCUACUGCCGAGCAUACGAUCGUUACCGUGGGUCAAUCGUCCACUAUCGUCAUCUCCUCGCUGGACCGUGCCCACACGGGCAAGUACACGGUGGAGGCACGCAAUGCGGCCGGUUCGGCAACGGUCGAGCUGACGCUGAAGGUAAUCGACAAGCCGAGCAAACCGGAGGGACCGAUUGUGGUGCGCGAGCUCAGCCCCGAGGCGGUGGUGAUCGAAUGGAAGCCACCGUCCGAUGACGGUGGGCUGGAGAUUUCCCAGUUCACCAUCGAGAAGUGUGACGAUGCGAACAAGAACGCCUGGAUCAAGGUGGCGGACGUGCAGCGCAACAUCAAGUCGUACUGCAUUCAGAAGCUGAUCGACAGCACGCAGUAUCACUUCCGCGUGAUUGCGCAGAACCCGGUCGGUUGUUCCGAGCCGCUGGAGAGUGCGACGGUGAAGAUUCAGCAGACGGUGGAGCCACCGUCGCCACCGCGUGGCCCCAUUGAAACGUCCGGCAUGACGAGCAGCUCGUUCACGCUCAUGUGGCAGCCGUCCGAGUCGAACGGUGGCAGCAAGAUCACGGAGUAUGUUGUGGAGGUGAAGGAAGCGAAGAAGAAGGUCUGGAAGGUGGCUGGUACGACCAGUGCGUCCGAAACGUCGCUGCUGAUCGAGAACCUGGCAAUGAACAAGGCUUACGACUUCAAGAUCACCGCCAAGAACAAGGUCGGCUCGAGUGAACCACUCCAGACGGUGGAGUCGAUUGUGGCCGGAAAGGAAAUCACUCCACCAUCUGCACCGCGCAACCUGCGCAUCACGAACGUUACCAGCAAGAGCGUCAAGCUCGAGUGGCAGCAGCCCGAAACGAACGGUGGCUCCGACGUGACCGGUUACAUCAUCGAGAAGCGGCUCACUACGUCGCAACAGUGGACCAAGAUCAAGACGCUCGAGUCCAACUGUCUGUCGUACUGUGUGGACAACAUGAAGGAAAAGACCGAGCUGCUGUUCAGGAUAUUCGCCGAGAAUGCGGUCGGGCUUAGCUCGCCCACCGUCUCGGAGAGUGUGGUGCUCAAAUCACAUGCCACGGUUCCGUCUCCACCAACUGGUCCGCUAGAGGUACGCUACCUGGGACCGAACAUUAACAUCGUCGAGUGGGGCAUUCCAGAGUCGGACGGUGGCGCCCCGAUCGAGGGCUACACCAUUGCCAUCCGCAACGCGAAGAAAACGAUGUGGAUGGAGGUGGGCCGCGUCGCGGCCGACUGCCAGUCGUUCAACAUCAAGGAUCUGCAGGAAAGCGAAGACUACCUCAUCCGCAUCAUGGCCCGCAACGAGGUCGGCCUGAGCGAUCCGCUCGAGUCGGACGAACCGUACACGGUGCAGCUCGGUGCCGCUCCGGACGAUGUGCACGACGAAACGACGAGAGACUUCUCCGAGCCGACGGGCACGAACACGUCGUCCUGGCUGCGGGAACACAACAUGACCGCCGACAUCAACAGCUACGCCCGCCAUAAGCUGCUGAGGAGAAGCGAAUACUUCUUCAAGCUGUGGGUUAACGCCAAGAGCCUGUUCAAGUAAACAGAACGAGAGAGAGAGUGGGAAAGAGAGAGAAAGUGAGAGAGACAGAGAGAUGAAGAGUUCCAGCUUAUAGUCCAACCCCGUUAUUAACCGUUAUCAAACUGUUCAUUUGAAUUGUGGAUACACAAGGUUCCAUGCUCCAUCAAAACUGGUGGCUUACCGGAGUUCGAGUAAUAUGCUAGAUGUUGUAUGUAAAUGUUGCUGUAAAACCGAAGAUGUCUAUAUGCGAACGUCCCAUUCUACCAAUAGAUCCCUCCCCUUGCGAAGCCAAAGGGAGCAAAUUGUAAGAAUCUUCAUGGAACUGUGAUAAAAAGAGCAACAGCAGUUGAACCUCCUGCCCUUCGGUGCAGCGAGAGAGAGAGAGAGAGAGAAGGCGAGCAAAGUAGAAGAAGGAGAAAAAAAGGCAAUACACACCCCUCCCCCCUCACAGCCCCAGUGGCCACUGUCCACUAUCCCCGCGGCUGGGUGGCCACUGGUGUGUGUGCGUUUCGGCGGGUGUGGGUGUUGCGCCGCAAAAUGUAAUCAUGUAUGAAUGUAUAAAUUGUAAUUGAAGAGAGAGCAGAAAAGAAACAACACAAACACACGACUAACAAUACGGCCGGCAACAUCCCGGCAACGACGACGCAGCACCUCGACGGGGCAAUCCGCAGGACCUAUCCUGGGUUGGCCCUUGGCUGCGUUGGAACAAUUUUGGUACUGCUUCUUGUAGCUACUCCUGGGAAGAGGAAUCAUCAUCAUGACCUUACGGCGGUCGCCGCCCCAUCGUAUUCAGCAUCCACAGGUCCGAAGGGGGACAACAUUGGUGCGAAUGUUGUCCUUCAUCGGGCAAACGGUUGAGAAUUUGGGUAGGGCCCGUAGUGAGACACCGAUCAUGUACAGAGAAAUGCGAAACAAAACGCUCAGGAGUAGCGAACACAUACAAAAGAAAGAAUGAAAAAAACGAGCUAAAUACUUUCUUUGCCAAUUUUAUCUAUGAUCUUUGUUGAAUUCUAUGUUACGAUCUGUCGAGAGGAGAGAGGAAAUUUGAUAAAAGAAGAAAGAUAGGGAGAAAGAGAUAGUUUAUUUAAAUGAAUGUUUUGCUAUACUUUCUUGUUUAUAUUUUCCUUUGAAGAAAAAAAAAGAAUGCCACCAAUAUGAAGAAGGGGCAUUAGCAUGUUGAAACGAUGUUUUACACUGUGUGUUGAAUAAAGUGAAUCUUUUUGAAACUAUUUAAACAAA